AAACAAACCGCCACCAUGAGUGCACCCGACAAAGACCCCACCGAGGGGCCCAAGCGGCCUCCGGACAGUCCGACUACUCCGACCGGCAAACGGCUCCGAGACCGCGUUAGCUUUUUCGAAAAAGUGUGGUCCGGGGGCAAGUCCGGCGUCGUCGGGGCGGUGAGCAGCGUCGACGUCGAGGAGUUCGAGCGGCGCUUGGCCGAGGAGAGGGUGCGGAACGUGGAGAGGAGCCGCCUGGAGCAGGUCACCCUUCGGCACACACCUAGACAUGUGCACACCCACGAAGUGCAUCCGGACGGCAGCAUCCAGGAGACGAUCACUACCACCACUGAAGAAGGGGAUUUAGGGUCCGGCGUGAAGACCGUCAAAUUCGAAAAAGUAACCGUCCGAAAGUCGGUCCGAACAAUCAGCAGCAGGACUCCCUCCGAAGAACUGCUGCUGGAGGAUUCGGCCUAUUUGACCCAAUCGAACGGAAAUUUGGCGACAAGUUCGAAAACUUCGAGUAUUUCGAGUCUGACGGGGCGUAUUCCUUCAGAGGAGAGUCUGAGGAGGACGCCCUCCAGAGAACGAUUAAAUCGAGACGAAUGGGACAAUGCCAGCAAUAGCAGCAAAGUGACUAGUUCUAGUUCGGAAUGGUACAGCGAGUAUAGGACUCAGAGUUUUCAAAGUGGUUCCAAUAAACUAGAGUACGUCCGGAGCAAGAGUCAGUACGACGAGCACAUCGCUAGUAUUAGAGAUGAACAGGAACGAGUUCAAAAGAAAACAUUCGUCAAUUGGAUCAACUCUUAUCUAUCCAAGCGAGUUCCACCGCUUCGGGUAGACGAUCUGAUUGACGAUCUAAAAGACGGAACGAAAUUGCUCGCAUUGCUCGAAGUUCUUUCGGGAGAGAAACUGCCUGUGGAGAGAGGCAGAAUCUUGCGAAGACCCCACUUUCUGAGUAACGCUAAUACAGCCCUAGAGUUCCUCACCAGGAAACGCAUCAAAUUGGUCAACAUCAACGCCAGCGACUUGGUGGACGGGAGACCUCCAGUCGUCCUCGGUCUUAUUUGGACCAUCAUUUUAUACUUCCAGCUUCGCAAGGAGUGGGCAUUUAGAUGGAUUGAAGAAAACACUCGAGCUUUGCAAUAUUUGGCCCAUUGGGAUAGCUCCAGCAGUCUUGAAAGUGCUGGAACUUCAUCUUCUAAGGACAAAUGGAAGUUAGGAGCGCGCAAAACUCUCCUCCAUUGGGUUUCCAACGCACUUCCCAACGAUUCCGGGAUUGAAAUCAAAGAUUUUGGCGCUAGUUGGCGUGAUGGCAUCGCUUUUCUUGCUAUUAUAGACGCAAUUAAGAAGAAUUUGGUUAAUAUAGCCGAACUGAAGAAAGCUUCAAAUAGGACUAGACUUGAAACAGCUUUUGACGUUGCUGAAAAUGAGUUAGGAAUUACCAGGUUGCUAGAUCCUGAAGACGUAGACGUGCCGAAACCUGACGAAAGAUCGAUCAUGACGUACGUGGCGCAAUUUUUGCACAAAUAUCCCGAACCCAAGAGUACAGGACCGGACGCUAUAGCAGCAGUUCAGGAGGAAUACAGCCAACUGUUGUCUUGGUUAAUGAAGAAAACACAAUACUUGGAACAUCUGCAACAAACAAAUUCAUUACCUAAUGACUACUCCGAAUAUCAAGCUUUUAAAAGUGAAGUAGAUGACAAGGAGAAAGUUUUUCUUAAAUUGAAACGUCUGAUUGAGAGUCAGAGUUUGAUUUCCAUAACGAAAGAAUCCUGGUACGACAUUACGAAACUAUGGGACAAACUUCAAAACCAGUUGUUGUACUGGUUGUGGAUGUUGGAUUCACGCCUACCGGGCGAUUUGAAAUACGUGGGUGAAUGGUUAGCACAAGCCGAGAAAUUACUUUAUUGUGACGAAAUCCCGACGAUUAUGAACGAAGAGACUGCAUCUAUUAUUAGUAGGAAGUUAGAGGAACAUAAAGCUUUCUUUGCCGACUUGCCUACGGUACAAGAAAAAUUUGCUCAGGCUUGUAAAGCUCCUCUAAGUGAAGUGCCUUCAGAACAGUUACAAAAUAUGGCUGUUAGACUGAACGAAGUUGGACCUAAAGCUGCUCAAAGACGAGUUAAACUUAAGUUCCUUGAACAUAAGUGUUGCCUUAUUGCAUUCUUGCAACUCACAGAGACCAAACUGAAAGCUUGGAGUGGUAAAUACGGCCGGCUGGAAAGAGUCGUCCAGAUUUUAGAACAGUAUAGGAAUUUUGUUUCGAAGAAUCAUAUUUUUCAAGAGUUUAAUAAAGCUUUUAUUGACAUGCAAGCCGUUGUUGAGGAGUAUAAGCGAGACGGGGGCAUUGAUAAGCGUGAAAUGGCCGAUAUUGAUCGUUUUCUGAGAGACACCGCCGAUAGGUGGAAAAACGUCUCGAUGGAGCUCCGCUGCGUUCAAAGCAUGAUUGAAGAAGUUGUCGCGUAUUGGCGCCGCUGGGAUUCCCUCUCUGGUGAGUUUGACGACUGGCUCAACAAAGCAGAAAAGGCAAUCAAUUUACCCGAAGAAGAAAAGAUGGAGUUUUUCCAAGAUAUUAGUGUCUGGAGAGACAAUUACCAGUUGUUGGGGGACACCGUGAGUUUUCUUAUUGCGACUUGUGAAGACAAAAUCGCUUUAGAAUUGAAGAUACGUUACCAAAACAUGACUGAUCGUUGGGAAAAACUUUAUCCGUUAGUCAACAAGUAUAGCCAAGCUGGUGAUUUGCUACGCAAUCGUAAAGAUUUCCGUGCUGGAGUUGAUAUUCUCUCAGAAUGGUUGAGGAAAGCUGAAAGCGUUUUAAAUUCCCCUCAACUGGGUUCGACUGAACGCAUCAAAAAACAUAUAGAGAAUUUGAUGAAACUUCAAGGCGAAGUUGAAGAAAUUGAAAAUCUUUUCAAAAAUGUCAGCAAAACGUUUCAGACUUUGAUCCAAGAUUUGACUAGAGAGGAGGUCGACAAAAUGAUGUUGAUUCUCAAGCACGAGAAGGAAAGUCUUGUCAAAGUCCGCGCUUUGCUUCCGGCCCAGAUACACAUGUACAACCAACUUUUGGUCCAGCAGGAGUCACUUGAAUUCGGUCAGAAAGAAAUCAGUAACUGGUUAGAUAACGCCGAAAGUUUACUCAGUAGUCUAAGCCUUGAAGCUGAGAAAGAUACCCUCAAAGACCAAUUAGAUAAAUUAAAACAAUUCUUUACUCGAACCUUGUAUUACAAAUCAAUGUUAGAUAGUAAAAACAAAGUUUUGACCAACAUUGUCAAGUCGGUGGACCAAAGUGAUAACGUAGAUGUUGCCCAAAUGAGUGCAAACAUGGAACAAUUGAACGACCGGUUCCUUUACGUCACACAAAACGCCCAAUUGUGGGAACAGAGACUCCAAGAAGCCAUCCGGUGUUGGUUUAACUUCUCUGAAUGCGAACGUGUCAUUUCCAAUUGGCUAAACAACGCCGAAAAAUUAAUCGGCGAAAAACGAAUCGACAACAAAGAAACAGUCGAAGAACACAAAAACUUUUUCCAAAGCGUGAACGAGCGCUGGAUCCACGACCUCUCUCAAAGCGCUCAAGACUUAUGCAACUGUCUUCCGAAAGAGCAACACAAACCAAUUCUAGCCUCAGUGCACCAACUCCAAAACAAAUGGAGAGAAAUUCUUUCAUUUGCACCACUUCAUUUGAUGCGACUCGAGUUUAGAUUGGACGAAUCGGCUUUCAAUUAUUACGUUAGAGAGAUAGAGAAAGAAAUUACAACCGAGUAUAUCGCGUUCAGCAAACAGGAAAAUAUCGAAUCGAUUAUGAGCAGAAACAAAGAAUUUUUUGGGGCUCAAGGGCCCAUGGCUGAGACCUCCAGGUGUCUUGAAAAUUUGAGGAAAAUCGCAGCGACGUAUACGCAACAUCAUCCGGGUGAUAAAACGGUUGCUGAUUCAGUGGCCAAAGCAGAAGAACAGUGGAGGAGUCUUAACAGCAAGGUUGAGACUUUGAGGCAACAGUUGGAUCAAAUUCCGGAAAAGUGGGAACAUUACAAUACGAAAUUUGAUGUUAUGGUGAAGUGGAUGGAUGAGGUUGACAACACGUUGAGGAACAUCUUCAACGAUGUAAAUGCCAUGGAGGAAUUCGAGCGGGAAAAGGCCAUCUUCCAGAAUAUUUGCAAAGAAGCCGAUUCAAAGCGCGAAGACAUGAAAUGGUUAGUCCAAACUUUGGAUUCUCUAUCAUCACAUUGUCCCGAAAACCAAGCAGUUGACGAGCAGAAGAAACUAGAAGCUUUAAUCACGCGAUAUAAAAAUCUUAUACCGUCUCUUGAGGUCACUAUGGUCAAAACCGAUACUCUCUCGAAAUGUUAUACUUAUCGAAGAGACGUUAAAGAAGUCUGCAGUUUACUGAAACGUGUCCGCGACCAGUCGAAACGUGAGGCACAGCCUCAGAGUCUCGAAUCUGUCAAUGAGCUUAUCAAACACCAAGAAAUUGCAAUUUCACAGUUGGACCAACAGAGACCACAUAUCAUGUCAAUGUUACAAAAGGGUAAAGAGUUAGUUAAGGACACGAAUGCGCCCUCUUUUGUACAGGAAGAAGUAAAAGGGCUUGAAAGUGGAUGGACGGAAACGUACGAUGAGACAGUUGAGAGAUAUCACAAAUUGCUCGGGACGCAGCACUUGUGGCUCAAUUACUCGGAACAAAAACAAGAGAUUUUAGAUCUUUUGCACAGAGCUGAGCAAGAGUUGAAGAGGAUUUCUCCGAGUCAAUACAACUCGAGUAAUCUUCCGGCCGAAUUGUUGGCCAAGCAAGAAAUGGCAGUACGUUUGAGGGAAGCCACCGAAGAGAUGUUACGCCGGUUGAGAGACCUUUCGCGAAAUCUUGGUAUACAAGAUCAAAAGAUUGAGAAAGAAGUGACAGAAAUUGAGCAACGACUCAACACCACUCUGGAAAAUGUUCAAGAAAAAGUCGUUUUCUUAGAACAAUACAACACGAAAUGGUCCGAUUUCCAAAACAAACUUGGAGAGUUGCAAAACUGGUCGGUACAAAAUGCCCCUCAGUUGUUGUCAGCUGUACAAGAAGACAAUCUUCCACCGGAGGAACGAGUCACAAAAACGACUCUUCUUCAGUCGGAGCUCUGCCACAAGAUAAAUCUUUUAGACCAAUUGAAUGCCGAAGCUUCAAACUUGAUGAUUGGGGACAAUCCCGAUGUGAAAAAACUCCAAGCUCAAGUAGUCGAAUUGCAAGAACGCGUUGUCACGAUUAACCGAAACGUCGAAAGUCAAGCCGCUUCAAUUAACAAAGAUUUGAAAAACUGGCAAGUGUACCAGGCUAGCAUCCAGGAUAUUAAACCAUGGAUCGAAAAAUCCGAACAUCGGAUCCAGGUGGGAGCCCCAAAACCGGCAAGUCUUGAAGAAGCAUUAAUUCUUCAAAGAGAGAACAAUAAUUUUACCAAAGAAUGUGAUUUGCAGUUUGGUAAAAUUCAAAACGUCGCUGGUUUGAGCCAACAAAUCACGUCGAAAACAAACGCACCGGAUGAAAUCGACUCGAUUCACUCUCGGUGGACUAUAAUCAAUGAGACCACACACCAGUGGGGACAAAAACUCGAAAAAUUAGUCCUCACAUGGGAUGAUUUUGACAAAAAUUCGAAAAAUUUAGAGAAAUGGAUUGAAAAAAGUGAGAAAACUUUGAAUGAGCGAUCGAUAAAUCUUAACACGCCACAUGUCGAGAAGUUGGAAAAGGAGUUGGCAAAGUUGAAGGCGUUUAAUAAUGAGAUUUCCGAACAGCAAGCUAAAGUGAUAGCUUUGACACAAAGUGCAGACUCGAUUAGUCAUCAUGUGAAUCCUGAAGGUGCCACUUUAGUGAAAGGAAAAGUGCAAGAGCUUAAAACUCAAGUGGGACAAUUGGCCGAAGCAGUGAGAGCCAAAAUAAAUCAAGUUUCAGAUGCGAUUUUAAAUAAACAUGACUUCCAAACGAAAAUGAUUGAUUUUUCAAAUUGGGUCGACCAAUUGAAGAGUCACGUGGGAGAAAUUGAUCAAAUCCCGGCUGAUAAAGUGGAAAGCGCACUUAUCAACGUCCAUGAUUUGAUGCAACAACAUUCGGAAAAACAACCGGUAUUUAACAGCAUAUACGACGAAAUCAAGGAAAUCACCCUAAAAGCGUCGCCAGAUGAGGCACAGGGUCUCAACCACGAAUACAGCACUUUAGUCGAAAGUUACCAAGAAGUUGACGAUAAAUUAAAAAAUAAGAAACUUGCUUUGGAAAAAUGGGGCGAUUUGAUCAACUGGCAUGGCGAAACCAUUAACCAAUUGUCUCAUAUUAAGUACCAAAUAGACAGUGGAAAAGUUCCACCUGAAAAUCUUCAAAAACUUCUUCAAGAAAGCGAGGAAAUUAUUUCCAAGAUUACAACUUGGAAGAAAGUAGCUCCAGAUAUUGACAAUAUGGAUGUGAUUAUUUUGGAUCGGCAGACCGGUUUGCCCAGAAGUGCUGACCAUAUGGUCCGAGAAGUAGAAAUUCGGGCUACUAAUAUUAAACAACAGUUGGCCGAUAAGUUGGAUAAUGUAGAAAAAGUUAAAGCGCAUUGGAGACAAUUUGAGGAACUUCAAACUCGUGUCAAAGACAGUCUUGGGCAGACUGAAGCAAAACUGGGCGAAAUUUUGAGAAGUGUCAAGACUUCACACGAUUUACCUCUAGUAGUAGACCAGUUGAAUCAACUACUCGAAGUUCAGAUUGAAAAGUCGCCAAUUAAGGAAGAGUUGCGCAAGGAAGCCCUACAAUUGAUGAAAGAGGACAUUCAGAACGUUUCAGUGAUUCAAAGUGUUAUUUCCGAGAUUGAGACCAGUUGGAAUCGUGUUAAUGAGGAUAUCAAAGAACAGAAAUUAAAAUUAUCUGACACUAUUUUUGCUUGGACUGACUUCAAAGAGGCCAAAGAGCGAGUAAUUAAAGAUAUCGAGCGAAUCGAGCAAACCGUUGAAGGUCUGGAAGUACCAAACGACUUAAUGCAAGCCAACUUGAAUAGUGAAAAAGCUCGCAAAGCUCUCGAUUCGUUAAAAAAGUCCAAAAUAAAUCUCGAUAGAGUUGACCUUAAAGGCCAAGCGAUUGUUAAAAAAGCUGAUUUACUUCCAGGAACGGAAUCUGAAGUUCGGAGCGAAGUGCAAGAAGUCCACCAGAUCUGGUCACGCGUUUACGAAAAAUUGAUGAAAAUCAACCAAACGACUGAAUCUCAAGCGACCAUUUGGAAACAUAUUGAGGACACGAAGAAUAGCCUUCUCCAGUGGUUGGGUGAGCAGAAUAUGAUUUUGGCAUUGGCUGUUGAAAAACCGAACGAAGUUGAGGCUGCAAAAGCCAAACUUGCGCGAUAUCGAGAGGAGUUGCCAGCCCAGCAGAGACUAAGUCAAAGUGUUCCAACUAAAUAUGCGCAACUCGUCAAACUUACCGAUGGUAGAGAUAUUCCAACUCUUCAGUCUUUGAUGCAGUUAUUGGAAGAUCAGUUUAGAGAUGUGGAAGCAAACGCUCAAAAACUCGAAUUGGUUGCUUCCAAAUACGGAGAUAAGGAAAGCCAGAUUAGGGAGAAUAUAAAGAGUGUUGGAGCAACAGUUACAAAUUUGAGAGAAGGAAUUAUUAAAUGUGAAGAUUUAACAGGUGACAAUGAAAAGAUAUUGGACCGGCUUUUGACGGUACGAAAAUUGAAGAGCCAAGUUUUGGCUUCUGAGCCUGAUAUUAAGAAAAUCGAUGGGAAGAUUGCACAAAUGAAAGCGACUUAUCCGAGUUUCAGCGAGAGUAAUUUGCCAAAAGAGCAACAAUUGUUGAGAAAGAGAUUUGAGAGUGUCAUUGUCCAUGGGAGUAAAAUUGAAAACAGUCUUAUGAGUUUCCUGAAGAAGUUUCAUAAUGAGAAAUACGGGGCGUUACAGAGGAUUAUAGCAACACACAAAGAAAAGAUUCAGUGGUGUCUCCCUGAACCUGCAAGUGAUAAAUACAAUUUAGAAGUCAAAUUGAAGUCAUUGGUACCGAUCCAAAACGCUUUGGAAGAUUGUGAAGCGAGGAGAAAGGAAUUGGAAGAGUCUUUGACAUUAUUAGAGAAAGUCGAGUCUCCUGAAACUAUAAAAUUACUCACAGCUGAAAAGGACCACUUAUUUUUGGACUUAGAUGACCUUAAAGAGAGUUACAAUAAGACUAAAACUUUGCUUGAACGAAACAUAAUUUUGCACGAACAGUACGAAAAGUUGAGUGACUCACUCUCGAAUUGGUUGAAAGAAAUUGAAAAUAGAGUCAAAACAGAAAGUACUACUCAAAUCGACUUGAAUACAGUCGAUGCCAAAAUUGGUGAAAUUGAAAACCUGAAAUCUGAAGUGCUUAGAUAUGAGAGUGAGAUUGGAAAAUUGAUACCACUGAGCGAGCAAUUAGUUAAAGAAGUGCCCGAAUCUCGUGUGGGACAAUACGCCCACCAUUUGACAACUCGAUAUCAAACUGUUUCCAAAUUCCUUACCAAUUACCUUGACAAAUUAAAUGAGUUAAACCGAUACAAAGAUUUGUACAGAAAGAGUAUUCAAGAUGUCGAAAAUUGGUUGGUCCAAGCCGAAGAGAAAGUCAAAACAUUUUCAGAUUUUACAACACGUCCAAACCAAGCCACGCUUCAAGAAUUGAAGAGUUUUGCAAACGAAAAAGAACUCGGUCAAGUCUUACUUGCCAAAGCUGUGGAACACGGAGAGGCACUUUUUUCAGGUAUCACUCCUGAAAAUAGAGAUGCUAUUCGGGUCGAACUGAGGAAUUUGAGAGACAAGUCCGAAGGACUGAUCGAUAAAGUCAAUAAUAUUUACAAGCAAGUUGAGGGAAUUUUAAUACAGAGGCACUCAUUUGACGACAAUCUCCAACAAGUAAGGAUCUGGAUCGAAGAUGCUGAAACUAAAUUAGGGCCUGAAAUGAAAUUGGAUGCUACUUUAGCCGAAAAGAAGCAAACUUUGCACAACUAUAAGACACUAGCUCAGGAUGUUAAUCUUCAUAAAAAAAUUUUGAAGCAACUGCAAGAAAAAAUCGGUCAGUUAGCAGACGCCGAUGCCGAGAACAGUCUUGAAGAGAAUUUAGAUAAGUACAAUCGUCUUGCUGAAGAAGUCAACAGCAGAAUUGGGCUGGUAGAAGACUUCGUUGCCAAUCACGAAGCUUACAAUCAAGCGAUUGAAAAAUGCCACGAUUGGUUGAGUGCGUUGACAUCUGAAGCUGCUCUUUUAGUAGAUGAGUCUUCGACUGAAUCCCCUGAAGCUAAAUUAGCAAUGGUUGAGAAUCUACUAGCCCAGAAGCCUGAAGGUGAUAAGAUAAUCGAGUCGUGCAAGCAACAAUUGGAGGUUGUUUUGAAACAAACUUCAACCCCCGGUCAUCCCCAUUUAAUUCAUUGUUUUGAAGAACAAGAAAAGUCGUGGAAACACUUCUUAGAAUUGUGUUCUGACGCUCAAGAGAAAUUACAAAGUAUUCAUUCCAAGUACGCUGAAGUCGAAAAAUUGAUUCAAAAUCUUGAUAGUUGGUUGAAACAAAAAGAAGGACAAGGUAAAGAUCAAAGUUUGAAGAGCACGGAAGAAACAAAAAGAGGUCACUUAGAGAAGUUAUUAAAUUUAGAAAAGGAGGUUUUAGUGAGGGAGAAAGAUUUCGGUGAGGUGGCCGAACUGGCGAAGAAUUUGGAAGGUGAUGUGAAAGUUUCUCAACUGUUGACUCGCUAUCAGGCUUUGAAAAAUCUUCUCAAGGAAGUGAUUGGAAGAUAUAGAGGUUUUGUCAACGAACAUCAAAGUUUCAAUGAAGAAUAUGCAACUUUCCUUCAUUGGUUAACAGAAAAAGGGGAGGAAUUAUCGGAUUUGAGUCACAUUGUCGGCGAUUUGGAUGUCUUGCAAACACGGCAAAAAGACAUCAAGAAUUUGAUUGAAGCCAGAAAUAUGAAAAGCGAACAAUUUGAGAAUUUGAUAGAUAAUGGGGAAAAAUUGUACGCACAUACUUCACCCGAUGGUAGAGAAAUAAUCAGACAACAAUUACGAAAUUUGAGAACAAUUUGGGAUAGUUUUACUGAUGAUUUACAAAAUGCAACAAAUAAACUGGAUCAGUGUUUGAUUCAAUUUUCUGAUUUUUCCUCCACACAAGAACAACUGACCAAAUGGUUGAAGGAUGUUGAAAAAGCUAUGCAGCAACAUACCGAAUUGAAAACGACUCUUCAAGAAAAAAGAGCACAAUUGCAAAAUCAUAAAAUUAUGCAUCAGGAAAUUAUGUCCCAUCAACAGUUGGUCGAAUCGGUUUGUGACAAAGCACAACAAUUGGUCGAUCAAACCCAAGAUAGGUCUUUAAAUGUUUACCUACAAUCUAUUAAACAACUAUUUUUGAGUAUCGUAAGCAAAUCUGAGGAAUUACUUACUAAUUUGGAGGAUUGUGUUGAGAAACAUAAUCAGUACAGUCAGCAAGUUGCUGCUUUCAAAGACUGGCUGAAUGAACAGGCAGAAAAAUUGCAAGAAUAUAAUGUGGUCAAUGGAGAAAAAUCUGAGCUUUUGAAGAGAAUCUCAAGCGUUAAAAAUCUCAAAGAACGUAACGAGGACGAAGGUUCGAAACUCCUGGAAAGUCUCAAACAAAACUUUAUCAUUGUUGCUAAAAGCACAGCUCCGAAAGGAGUGGAACUGUUGAAGAAAGAACUGGAGGAGCUUUAUGGACUGUUAAGCCAACAUUUGGAGGAUAUGGACGCCAUUGUUGAGAAACAAGAAAACGCCAUUAAGCAAUGGCAACAGUUUGAAAUAGAGUUGGAAACACUCAACCAAUGGUUCAAAAACGCUGAAGUUAAAUUCAGGGACCAGUCACUUCGUGCAACUCUUCAAGAGAAAGAGGACCAACUUAAAACUUGUCUAAAUGAUCGAGAACAAGUCGCUGUUAAGGAAAAAGAAAUAGAUCAUUUUGUCGACAAGAGUCACUCGCUUCUACACAUGAGUGGUGUUCAAAGAAUUAAACCUUUAGUGUUUCAAAUAAGCACUCGUUAUCAAAAUUUGCACGCCUCGACGAAAGAUGUGAUCAACCGUUGGCAAAGUGUAGUCGACGACCAUCAGAAAUAUCAGAAGAAAUUAGAAGAAACCUCAAACUGGUUGAAACAUCUCGAGGAUAAUUUAGCAGUGUUGCAAAAAGGCGAAUUAGCCACAAAUUUGGAAGCUAUUACAAAUCGACUUCAAGUGUUAUUGGGAGAAAAAGAUCAAGGUGACCACAAAAUCAACUCUUUGACACUUUUGGGUGAGAGAAUUCUACCGGAUACUGCAACCCAAGGUCGCGAGAUUAUUCGAAAUGAGUUGAGAGAAAUUCGGGAGCGUUGGGAUCGACUUGCUGAAGGAAUUAAAGAACAACAGAAGUUACAAGAUGCUCAGAGUUUGCAGUUGUCAAGUUAUCAGGAUAUGCUACAGCAGACUUUAGCAUGGUUGGAUACCAUGGAGAAGCAGAUUCAAGUCGAUCCAUCCACAUGGGUGUCCAUCCAAGAAGUUAGGUCCAAACUGCUCAAACACCGGACAAUCCAUCAGGAGAUUGUGUCGCAUAAGAGAAUUAUAGAUGGUGUUACAGAGAAAGCUCAAACUCUUGUACAGUUGACAAACAAUAAAGACAAAACUGCUGAAGUUGAAGAGAGUAUCAAGUCGAUUAAUGAACGGUAUAAAAAAUUGCUGCAAGCCGUGCAAAAUAACCUCAAACAACUCGAAAAUUGUUUGGAGGUUUACCAACAAUUCUACGACUUGCAGAAAGCACACCAAGAUAACCAGAAACAACUGUGGGACAAAUUGAACAGUUAUUCAGAUUUAACUGGCAAUAAGCAGGCUUUGCAAGAACGGCUUGAUAAUGUUAUCGACAUACAAGAACACCUCCCCGAGAGUAGUAUUAAACUGAAAGAAUUGCAAGACCACGUUGAUUCAAAAAUAUCAAUUUUGUCUGGAAGAGCACAAGAAAAUAUGCACCGAGACGUCGCUAAUUUGAAAUUUGAUCAAGAGAAAUUUAUCGCUGCUUUGGUCGAUAUUAAGUCAGGUUUGGAAGGUCGAUUGAAACUCUGGAGUGACUACGAGGAGUCUCUCGAACGACUUUUAUCAUGGUUGGCUGAUGCCGAACUAGCUUUGAAGAACUACACCCUCAAGAACACACUGGAAGAGAAACAAGAGCAGUUGGAAAAAUAUCAGGAUCUAACUAGGUUGGUGGAAUCUCGAGGGAGAGACGUGAAGGAUUUCGUGGUCAUUACUGAUCAUUUAGAACAAGCACUUAUCCUGAAUCUCAGACAAAACGAAUCCGAAUUUGACAAAAUGUCCGAUGAUUCAACCGAACUGCUUCAGAGUAGUGGCGAUAGCCGAAUUUCUGUCAACGUCCAACAAAUUUCUUCACGUUUCCAAUCAGUCCAAGCCACUGCAAAGGAAGUUGUGAAAAAAUGCGAGCAAAAUGUCGCCGACCACAAACUCUACAACGACAAGUACCGCCAGUGUUCCGACUGGAUUGCCGUAGCUCAAGGCCGAUUCGACACCUGCAAGGAAAACAUUAAGAAAGGAGCGCGCAAUAUUCUCACCGAACAAUACAAAAUCCUCGAGGAGUUGCUUUCGCAACAAACCAGUGCUACACUCCUCCUCAACAACACCAUCGAACUAGGAGAGAAACUUUAUCUUAGCACAGGCCCCGAUGGCCGCGAAGUUAUAAGUAACCAACUUCAGGAGUUGCAACAAGCCUUUGAGGCUCUAUUUGACGGGAUUAAUAGCACUGACCGCGAGUUGAAAGCGAAACUGACAAGAUGGACCGGAUUCGAAGAAUGCGCCAAAAACAUCCGCGCUUGGCUGAAGGAAGCCGAUCUGGGACAAGAACUCGAGCUCAAAGCUACCCUCGAUGAGAAAAGAACUCAGCUUCAAAUUUAUCGCACCUUGUUGCAUGACGCUUUGGCGCAUCAACAAGACGUUGUUGAUUUGAGGGACAAAGUUGAGAGUCUUCCUGAACGGAAUGAAAGUAUUGACCAACAGUUGGCCACGAUAAUAGAACAUCAUGAUAAGUUGUUAAAACGAGCGCAGAAUUUUGUAGAACGGUACGAAAGUAUUGUUAAUGACCAUCAAGAAUUUAACAAAGUGGUUACGGACACGAAAGAGUGGACAGCGGCUACGUUAAACACUGUUAAUACUUUGGGCGAUUUGGAUUUAGAAAGAAUUUCAUUACAUUCGAAUCUUGAAAGAUUGAAGAGUUUGAAGAGUAGUCUCUCGGAAGAAGAAAACAGGAUUGAAAACAUCAAGAGUUUAGGAAGUAAAGUUAUUCCGGGAACCAUUGAUUACGGUCAAACCGCAAUAAGGACACAAAUUGAUAAUUUGCAACAAGAAUGGGCCGGUUUGGUCUCGGCAAUAGACCAGACUAUAAUCCAGUUGGAAAGUAAACUUGAACAUUGGUCCGAGUAUGAAAUUCUCAAAGACCAGUGCUUAGUCUGGAUCAGAGAAAUAGACAACAAAUUACACUCUAUUGACUUAAAAGCAACAGCAUCCCAAAAGAAAGCUCAGUUAGAAGUUUUGAAAACUCUCCAGGGUGAGAUUAGAGCAAAAGAAUUUGAGAUUGAUGCAGUGACUGAAAAGGCUCAACAAGUGAACAAAGGUUUGUGUGGCCGCAAUUCACAAAUAUCUGAAUUAGGGGUCAAAUACCAACAAGUUUGUCAUAAAGUGAAAGAUUUGACAGGUCGGUGGCAACAGUUUGUUAACAGUCAUCAAGAUUUCGACUCUAAGAUUAGUUCUUGUGAGCAAUGGUUGGGUGAAAUCAACAAUAAACUUACGUACUGCUCCGAUAUUGGCUCUUCUAAUCAAAAAGAAUUAGAAGCGAAGUUAGAAACAGUUCAAGAGUUGAUUUUAUCGAAGGAAGAAGGUUUUGCCAAGAUACAAAAUUUGGUGGAACUUGCUCAAACCGUUCUCGCGAAUACUUCUCCUAAUGGCCACAAUGCUAUAAAUGAAUCUCUUGCAAAUAUUCAAGAGCUUUGGUCUAAUCUGGCUUCGAGGAUGAUUGAAACUAAAGCUAUAAUAGACGAUGCUUUGACAAAAUGGGCCGGUCUUCUGGAACAAAUCCGCGAUUUUGAUAAAACAGUCGAGUGGAUGGAAGGACAAUUGAAGGAAUUGUCAGUACUCCAAGGAACAGCAGCUGAGAAGAAAACUCAAUUAGAUCAAAUAAAAAAUCUUGAAGAAAAAGUCAGAUGUGAGAAAAUCGAAAUUGAUAAUCUCAAAGCUAUGGCCUCUCAAGUGUUUAGGAGUAAGAAAGCUGCUCAAGUUGAUGCUCAAGAAGUAUUUAAAAGGUUUGAUGAAUGUGCUCAAAAAAUUACCAAACUGUUACAAGAUAGAGAAAAUCAGUAUCGUGACCAUAAAACGUAUAAAGAAUCCUACGAUGAAGUGCAAAGAUGGAUGACUCGAGCUCAGGAGAAAGUGCCCCAAUUGAAGCAAAGACCACUUGGUGACAAAUUAACAAUUGAGAAUUUCUCUGGACCUUUGGACCAUCUUUUGAACAAGCAAGCCCAAGGAGAAGUACUCUUGGAAAAUUUAGAACAUGCAGCUCAAGUAGUGUUGCCUAAUACCAACAGUCAAGGCCAGGAAUUGAUCAAGAAAGAUAUCAAAGCGUUGAGAGAAAGUUUCGAACGACUUUUUAAAGACCUUCAGCAACAACGUGACCAAUUGGAAGUUGUUCUACAGUAUUGGAGGGAUUAUAAGGAUGACUAUGAGCGUAUUUCUGAUUGGUUGCAACAAAUCACAAUUUUGAUCAAGAAUCAAAAAAUUGCACUUUUUGCUACGUUGCCUGAAAAAAUCAAGCAAGUUAACGACGUGAAAGACAUACUUAAAAAACUCGACGAUGGGAAAAUACAAAUUGAUCAACUAAAUGAUUCUGCGAAAAUUUUACUCAAAUCGCCGCUCGAAAUUCAUGUUAAUAAUCAGUUGCAACAGUUGAAUUCUCGAUAUCAAGUCGAACUUAACUUGGCCAAAGAUGUUUUGAAGAAAGUUGAGACGAAUCGUGACCAACAUCAGGAAUACUCGGAUAAUUUGGAGAAGAGUCGAAAAUGGAUCGAUGAGGCGCGUGAGUUGAUUAGAAACUGUUCAGAAGCAGCUUCACACAGCAGCAAAGACGUACUACAAUCACACUUGAACAAAAUCCAAGAGCUAAUCCAAAGACGAGAAGAAGGCCAGAAUUUGAUUCAUGCGACUGUCAAUUGUGGCGAAAAAGUUUUACGGAGUACAAGAUCAGAUGGUCGGGAAGCUAUCAAUAACGAACUUAAAGAAAUUCAAGGUGAUUGGGAUAGAAUCGUUAAGAAAAUGUCCACUGUUAAGGUGCACCUUGAAACGGCUUUGUUACAAUGGGCUGAUUAUGACAGCUCCUACAGUCAGUUGCAACAAUGGAUAACCGAUCGUGAAGCUAAACUCCAACAAGUUUCCGAACAAAAAGUUGUUAAAACGAAGAAAAGUCAAACAGGACUCAGCUCUUUACCGAUCGGUGAAAGAAAAGCGACUCUUCGGGAGACUGGAAGCAUAGUCCAAGAUAUCGUUUCCUUUGAACCCAUGAUCCAGUCAGUAACUUCCAAAGCCGAGGAUUUGAAACAAGCAGCUCCAGCAUCUGAAAUUUCCACAAAAUACGAAACGUUGUCAAAACAUGCAAAAGAACUCUACGAGAAACAGAAAGAAACUGUAGAGCAACAUCAAGCAUUUGUUGAUGCUGACAAUGAUUUUGUCCAAUGGAUUCGUUUGGCAAAAGAAAGACUGAGCAAAUGUUCAGAACCGACCGGGGAUAAAGAGAGCCUCGGAAGCAAAUUAUCACAACUGAAAGCUUUGCAGAAUGAGCUCCCCGAAGGCGAGAAGAAACUAGAAACGGCUUUGGAACAAGGAGAUAAGGCUUGCCAGUACGCCGAUGAGGAAGAUCGCGAGAUAAUUGAAGAGGAGGUUGGGUUGUUGCAAGAGGAGUUUGAUAAUUACGUCGACUCGCUUAACAACGCGAAAAAUUUGUUGGAGAUUGGAAUUGUCAAAUGGACAGAAUAUGAAGAACAGUACCAGGAAGCUCUAGAUUGGUUGGCUCAGACUGAGAACUUAGUACAGUCGUAUAACAAACUACAAGAUAGCUUGGAGGAAAAGCGAGCGGUUUUGGAGCAGUUCCAGUUGCAACUCCAAACACUUUUUGACUGGCAAUCCGAACUUGAUCGUCUCAAUAUGAAAGCUCAAGUUUUGUUGGAAACUUGCGCCGAUACAAGGAUUAGUAAUGCCGUGACGCAACUUUCGACCAAAUAUAACGCAAUUUUGUCACUUGCGAAGGAAGUUAUGCGUCGUUUGGAGUUACACUAUCAAGAACACCAACAACACAGUACUCUUUAUCAAGAGUGCCAAGACUGGAUCGACCGUACCAGAGAUAAACUCCAUACAUGUCAAGAAAUUCCAAAUACGCUUCCCGAAGUUAACAGUAAACUCCAAGCUGUCAAAAACAUUCGCACAUCUUUAGAACAAGGUCAGAAUAAAUUGCGAUACAUUUCUGAACUGAAGGAGCGUGUCAUUAUGAACACGGAGCAGUCUGGUGCUGCCAAAAUUCAAGAAGACACUGAAAAUUUGAAACAAGACAUGGAGAAAUUACUGAAUGAUGUUCAAGAAGCCCGUAAUCGCUUGACAAAUCGGGCAAGCCAACUCGAAGAGAUUGCAAAACUUCACAUGAUGUUGUUAGAUUGGCUCCAAGAUAUCGAACACCAAAUCCAGUCAGAUGACGAGUUUUUGAACGAUUUGAGUGAGAAGAAGGCCAAAUUGGAAAAGUUUAAAGCGGUACAGAAGGAAAUCAAGACGCACACUGACUUAAUCGAGAAACUCAAGGCCAAAUUGGCCGAGGAUACGAAUCUGAAAGCUGACGAGUAUGCAAACUCGUUUAAGAAAUAUGAAGAAUUAAAACAGUCGGUGGACAAGUCUAUUGCCGAUUUGGAAAAACAAGUCGGUGAUCAUGAACAGUACAAAAACUCGUACAAUGUUGCAAUGGAAUUAAUUCGAAAAUCUUGCGUCGAAGCCCAAACUUGUUCCGACUUACAUGAUGAGCUCGACAAAAUUUUGGAAAAAGAAGCUAAGAUCAGUGAAAUCUCAAACUCACUUCCCGAAUGUGACAAUUUAGUUCAUAAGACAAUCGAGUUGAGUAUUUUAGUCAUGAAGACAACCGGCGAGGAAGGCAAAGACACAAUCAAACAAGAAAUCGAACAACUAAACAUGGAUUGGGAAGGCCUUCACCUAAUUUGCAACGAAACGCAAAAGUCCAUCACGAAGUGUAAAGACGCCUGGAAAGAGUUUAAGACCAAUUUUGACAAAAUGAAAAAAUCUAUCGACAACUUCAGGAAACGUGUCGAUGCAGAAAAUGAGAAAGACAAGAAAACACCCGAAGAUUUAGACAGGUGUAAGCAACUCCUCGUUGAGAUUGUUGCAGAGAAGCCGAAUCUUGAGAUCUUGACUGACUGUUGUGAGGCUCUUAUGGAACUGAGUGCAGUCGGGUGGGUUCGGGACAAAACCGUCCAAUUGCAAACCGCCUACACUAAUUUGCUAACAAGCUGUCAAACUCUUGUUUCAAAAAUUGAAAAGAAUCUAUCGGACCACACCGAGUUCCUUAAAGUUCAGAAAGAACUGGAAACUUGGUUGCAUGCAGCACAUAAAAAUGUGCAAGACUGUAUCGGAGUCGGCGAUGAAGACAAUAUCAGGGAAAAAUUGGAAACAAUUAGAGUAAUUUCGGCCAAGACUUCUGAAGGUCAAGUACUGCUAACUAAGCUUCAAGAAGCGUUUUCCAAAGCUAUUAAUACAACACCGGCCGACAAACAGGACAGUCUUCGUGAGGAUAUGACAAGUUUAAGAAACAGUUGGGACCAACUCAGUAUGGAUUUGACUUCGAUUCAAGCACAAUUGAAGGCUGCUUUGGCUCGCUGGGACGAUUAUAAUGAGACAAAGAGGCGUUUGCAGGAUUGGUUGUCUCAGACUGAAAGAAUUUUAAAAGAGAAACCACACACCAAGGGAGAAUUGAGCGAAAUGAAGACACUGUUGGAACGCUACAAGAACCUACAAGCUGAAAUUAAGAACAAACAAGGUGAUUUGAACCGUCUCAAAGACGAAGCUGUCGAAUUAAGCUCUUGGGCUAAGCAACCAAAAGUUUUGGAAGAGGUCAAACAAUUACAAACCUUCUAUGACAAUCUGAGCACGCUGUGUGAUGGACAGAAGGAGAGGAUUGAAGCUGAAAUGUUAGAAUAUAACAACUACCAUCAAAGUCUCCAAGAAACUGAAAAAUGGUUACUUCAGAUAAGCUUCCAAUUGAUGGCUCACAACUCUUUGUAUAUUACCAAUAGAGAACAAACCGAAGAACAGCUCACUCAACACGAAAUUUUAUUGAAGGAAAUCCAAAAUUAUCAAAAAACUUUGGAUGAUGUUAAGGCCAAAGGACAUGGACAAAUCGAACGAUAUGUUAAAGAAGCACCCAUCAUUAAGGACACUAUAGAAAAACAAUUGAGCAACGUCCAGGAUAGUUAUAACUCGUUGUUACAAACCGCCGUUCAGAUUAAAAACCGUUUGGUUGACUCUUUGGCUAAAUUCAAAGAAUAUGAAAACACUUUGGAGAGUAUCAUGAGGAAUUUGGACGAGUACGAACCUAUCGUUAACGAAGAAGUGGAAAAAGAAGCUGAGUCGCUUGAAGAAGCUUUGAGUCAAUUAGAAACAGCCAAGUCAUUACAUAAUAAACUGCAAAACGAGAAAUCUCGGCUCGCUCUUGCUGUCCAAGCUUGUGAAGCUGCCACAGCCUCCAUUAGCCGCCCCAGCAGUCCCCGAGACACUCUCCCACCCCCAGUUCCGAUCAAAGAACUUGAAUGUCGAGCCCGUCUCGAGGACCUUAUCGAUCAGGUGCAGUCUCAUCUCAGCAACUUGACAACUUCAGUUGCCGAGUUUGAAGAGAAGAAAAAGCAUAGAGACGCUCUGAAAGAUUGGAUUGUUAAUCAGAAGAAUGUUGUGGUUGAGUGGAAGAAUCGGCCGACGAAAUUACGAGCAGAUGCUGCCAAGCAAGAGUUGAAUAAUAUGAAUGACUUGAUGGCAGCGAUUGACCAAAGAAGGACUCAAUUAGUGACGGAGUUUGCAAGUCCGGAUAAUGCUUCAUUGGAAAAAAUGUUAGAUGAUUUGGAGAAUGAGUUGUCGGCGGCGAUUGCGGCCAAAAGUGCCAAUCAAGAAAUCCUAGAUGAAUACAGACAAAACGUCCAAGUUAUCAACAACUGGUUUGAUAAUUUGGUCAAGAGGAUUGAUGCUAUUGACCGAGGCUCCGGUCUAAAUUGUCAGCAAAAACAAGUCGCAAUUGAAGAACUUAAGGCCGAAUUUGAGGAUCAAGGACCUAAACGAAUGAACGAAGUUAAAAGGUUUGCAAGCCAAGUCUUGGAAUUUGUCAAUAAUCUUGAUGCCCAGCAAGUCGAAGAGCAAAUGAAAUCGAUUGAGCGCAGAAACAACGAUAUUGGGAAGCGUCUCCAGAGAAAACUCCAAAUCCUUGAGAUGACUCGCAAAGGAAUCGAGGAUACUCGAAGUGAGAUUGAACAAGCCAGAGAUUGGGUCAAAGAGCGCCUCAUUGAAUUACAAAAACCCCCACUUCUUGGAUUUGAGAGUCGCAAGGCUGAAGACAGGCUUAACACACUCAAAGGGUUGCUCAAGGAAGCUGAUAAUAAGUUGAUAUUGAAGGAAACUCUGAUGAAACGGGUGAGUAAUAUGACGAAUGAGUUGGAGCCACCGGAACGGGAACAACUGGAGUCGGCUUUGAAAAGUCUGGGAGUUGAGCAAGAACAAUUAGUUGAGAAGAUAAAAGCUGCGAUUGAACGAGUAAAUGGGGCUGCAAACACUAGACGCAACUUGGAGAGUAAUCUUGAAAAGGCUAAAGCGUGGUUAAAGGCCAAAAACGCCGACAUUCACAAAUUGAGUGGAUAUCUUCCCUUGAAAUCAAGACAAGUCGAGGAGGAAAUUACCCAGCAUAAAACUUACGAAAGUGACAUUAAAACAUUUAGUGAAGGCGACCUUAAUGACUUACUCAAACUUGGCAAUAGUGUCUUGAAAGAGUGCGACGAGAGUGACCGCGAACGACUUCAGGCACUUUUAGACGAAGUCAAGGAUGAGUAUGAGACACUCAAAACCGACUCACAACAAAAAAUAAAUGCAUUGAGUGACUUAUUCCAAGGUCGCAAACAAUUCGAGAGUGACAUUGAUAAGUGUAUUGACUGGUUAAAACAAGCCGAAGUUGCCACUGCUUCCGAUAUCCGGGCCCCAAAUAUUGAAGUUCUUGAAGAACAACUAGCAAAAUAUGAAACUUUGGGCAAUGAAGCGAAACGAGUCCAGGGAGAUAUUGACAAAAUUUUUGAACAAGCGAAAGCCAUCAUUCCUACAAUUAGUGAAUCUGAUAAAAUCUACCUGAAUGAGAUGUUGAAUAAUAUGAGGGAUCGUCACAACCGCAUUUCAGCUUUAAUUCAGGACAGGACUAACGCUUUGAAAGGAAAUAUCCAACAGUUGAGAGACGCGCAAUUCAGAAUCGCCGAAAGUGUACAAUUUGUCAACGAAAUUCAAAACCAACUCAAAGAGUUGAACAAACCCAUCGGAAGUAAAGUGGAAGAUGUUCAGAACGUUUUGUCUAGUUAUGAAAGGAUUUUGGGCGAUCUUAAGGCCAAUAAAGCCCGGCUUGGAGACGUCCCAGUGUCCCACUCGAGUGAGCUACAAUCGGUUUUGGCCACUCAAGACGAUUUAAUCAAAUCGAUUGAAGACCAAAUCGCUCGCUUGCGCCAAUUGUUGCUCCUCCGCGAACAAUUCAUUGCUCUUAUCACCGAAAUUAUGACUUUUAUAACAAAAUACACCGAAAUUGUCCGCGAUAUUGAACGUUCAGGGGGCACGAUCGAAGAGAAGAUCAAAAAAUACGACGAUGUUAUUGUCAAAAUCCAAGAAUGUGAAGCAAUGCUCGCAUCUGCCGCCGAUAAAGGCCAACAAAUCGCCGCCGAUUGCUCGGUUCAAGAUAGAAACAGCAUAACCGAGCAAAUCCAAUCCUUGAAACAAUCUUUGCAAAACUUGAGACGUGCAGUUGAGAAACAACGACAAGAGCAUGAAAAUACAGCCGCUGAGCACCGGAAAUUGGCCGCUGAGCUUGAGGAAAUUCUCGACUGGUUGCAUGCGAACGAAGGGGCUGUCCGAUCUCGUCCGUUGCUCAGUCGAGAUGUGAAAAGUGUGGACAAGGAAUUGGAGAAUCAUGACCGGCUUGCGAAGAUCGUUGGGGAGUAUUUGGACAAGAUCAGGAAGAUUCAAGAGGCGACAAGACACGACGACAGCAUGCCAGGGUCUCUUUUGGAGCAGCUUUCAGAAGGAAACUCCCUUCUUGCGAGUUUGCCUCGCGAAUUGGACGAGCGUGAGAAAUACCUGAAAAGUAACAAACAUCUCCGGGAAGAGUACGCAAAGUUGAAGGAACGUCUGAAUGAUUGGGUUAGAGAAGCCGAAAUUCGGCUCGCGACUCACAAAGAUGGAGUUGAUUUCGAGAAUAUUUUGACCGAUUUGGAGGAACAUAAAAUUUUCUUUAGUACCGAAGGGAAUAUGAAGGAGUUGGUAUCGGUGAAUACGCAACAGGUGGCCGAUAAGAUAUGGCCAAGUUUGACGCCGUACGAGCAGGAGGAGUUGAGUCGGGAGCAGCAGUAUAAUACCCAGCUGUUGAAAAAUACGUUGAAUUCGGCCAAGUCUCAAAGGGCUCAGUUGGAGCAAGAUGCGGAGAUUUGGAAGGAUUAUUGUCAGACCUUGGAUAAAGUCAAGGCGGUGAUUGCGAGGACGAAGUUUACGGACGAGCCGGUAACGACGUUGGCGGGACUGCAUUUUAAUAUUCAGAAGAUAUCUCACGCUUUGAACGAUAUACAGAACCAACAACUGGAACUAGACCUGCUUCUUGAACGCUCCAACGAAAUAAUAAAACAAGCAGACGACCGGAACAGAGUCAAAACGCAAGAACAAACAAGCGAAGUGUCCGACGAGUGGACUUCUUUAAUCUCUAAUUUGGAAAAUCGGAGGGAUACUUUGACCAAAUUGGCGCAAGUUUGGGAGACAUUCGAGGGCCGGUGGCAACAUUUCGAGAGUCUCCUCUCCGGAAUCGAGGAAAGGGUGAAACAUGUGGACAACAUCGUCAGAAGCAAGGAGCAUGUGAUCGCGACUAAUAACAGCAUUUUGGAACUGCAAUCGGAAGCAGAGUCCUUGAAAAAAUUCCGAGACGAGGUGUUCGAAUUGUCCGAAAACGUCCUGAUUUUCUUAAAGGAGUGCUCCCAAACCAGUGCUACAGCCCUUAACGAAAAACUCAAACAGUUGAGAGAGACUUAUCAAAGGCUUCUGGACAGUUUGGACGCGAAAUUGAAGAAGACCGAAGACGAUCUUAGGGAAAUCGUCGAAGCUCUCGACUGUAUCGCUAAAGAGAAGAUCGAAUUGAAUAAAGUUAAACUUGAAGUUGAAAACUUUUACGUUUUUGACGCAAAUCUUGAUCGGACUGAAGGACAAUUGAAGCAACUUCGAAACAAAGUUGAUUCUUGUAUCAGAGGUGCUAAAGAUUUGUCUUCAAGACUCAAAGAUAAGUAUUUGAAGAGUCAGCAGUUGGUUCCAUCGGACGUUGCUCAAGAAUUGAACCAAUUAGAACUUUUGACUGAAGCUCUUGCAAGUGCCAUGGAAGAAAAAGAUCGUGAAUUUAAGAAAGCCAAAACUGUUCGUUCUGAUUAUCUCAACGACGUUGAAGAAGUCCAAAGUUGGAUCAAAGAUGCCGAAUUAAAAGUGCAAGAUCGGUCGAUUGAACCUCAGUUGUUACAACAACAUCUCCAGACUAUACAGUCCGAAAUUGGGGGAAUCACAGAUCGGUUGGAAAAACUCAUCAAGAACGGAAAACUUAUAAUUGAAAAGACAAAAGACGAUGAUGAGAAACAAUUGAUUCAAUCAACAAUAAACAAUUUAACUGAUCAAUUGCAACAGGUGCGAUCGUGGCUUGAAGAAAAACGACAACAAGUUGGGGAAACUCUCGACGCUUGGCAACGUUUCUUGUCUUUGUAUCAAACAGUGAUGACGUGGGUGCAAGAAAAGAGAGUCUUCUUGAAGGAACCUCUUUAUAUAACAACUCUGACUGAAGCCCGUCAAAAGCUCCACGACUAUUCUAACGCCGUGAAGAGUUGUAAGACUGCCAGCAAAAAUCUGAGUGAAAUGGCGAAAGAAUUGGAACAUAUCGGAAACGUAACUAGUGUUGGAGACCUCCCGACGAAGAUGGAGGAAGCUGAAGAAGCCAAAACCGAAGUUGAAGCUUCGAUUUUGGAACGCAAUGCUUUACUCCAGGAAACGUCCGAAGAGUGGGAACAAUGCGAGAAAAAGAUGAAGGACGUCCGCAGUUGGAUCGAGAAAACGACAACCACUUUGGAGUCUCAACAGAAUAAGAAAAAGCCACUGCGCGACCAACAUGCGCUUUGCGAAAAAAUGUUGGCUGAUAUACAAAUUCAAAAAACUAAAAUUUCUCUUUCUGUUGAGAAGCUUCAGCUCCAUUUCCGGUCCGGCGUCGGUGGUGACACUCGUGUGACUCAAUCCGCUCAGGAUCUCCUCAAGGAAUUGGACGAUUUGAAUGGGAAUAUUAAAGAGCAGAGUUCGAGACUCGAAACUGCGAUCGCUCAAGUCGAGCAAUACCAAUUGGAGGUGCAACAACUUCGGCAGCAGAUCGUUCAGGUGGAGCAGCAAUUGAGGGCCGCUAUGGCUCCCACGCAUCUGCCUCACGAUCGUGAUCAAGCUGUUCGAGACCAACAGGCGCGGAAUGAGGCCUACCGGCAAAGGAUCGAUGAUCUCAUCGGCAAGAUCCGACUCGUGGAUCCCUUUUACGUCCAACCCACAUCCCUACUCGGGGUUACGUACGCGGACAUUACCGCCGGACGGUCCAAAUCGCAAGAACGCAGAUCCGAAACACGCGAACUGGAGACGACCGAAACAAAAGCCGUUGAGACUUAUAACGAACCGGUUAUGACCGAGACGAAAACGAAAACGCCGGUUGUAACCGAACCCAAAGCGCCGAGAAGGAGCCGAUCACCAAAGAGGCGCGACAACAAACCCAAACCGGAACCCAAACUGCAACAAGUCAAGGAAACACCUAUCGUUCAAGUAACAGAAGAAAAACAACAAGAAAUACUUAAACCAAUAGAAGAAAAAGCCUUUUUGAAGCCACAACAAACGAGACCAAGGGGCCGAUCACCCAGUCCUAUGUGGGGACCCGGGUCAACGACCUAUGCCGAAAUUUUGCGAGGUCAAUACAAUCAGUCCGAAAUUGAACCAUCUGAAGAAAAGAAACCACUGCCGAAAUCAGAACCUGAACCUGAAUCUGAACCGGAACCAAUCACGGGUCCUCCAGUUCAACCUCAAUACAGUUUUGUCCCUCAACAAAACUGGUCUCACUACCAGUAUCAAAUGCCUACGAAUCAACAUUACUACCCUCCCCAACAGGGUAUUUUCGAUUACAUUCAACCCAUUCCAGACAUGGUCAGUUUUAUAGCUUCUCGACAACAGUUGAUGGGUUCCGGUUUAGGUACUUACUUGUAUCCAGAACAGUACAACCAAACUUAUCAACCUGCUGUGAUCACUCAGUACGAUAGUUAUCAGGCUCCUCAGACUCCGAUGCCUGUCGAAAAUCCUGCCCCAGUUCAAGAAAAAGUUGAGGAAAGUUUACCGAAAACAGAACCGGAGCAAGUAGUGACAGAUUCCGGGAGUCAAUUCUCAUACGCUCAGAUUUUGUCUCAAGGCCUUGCUUUAAAGCCUUUCCAGCCAUCCAGUGUAUCGGCAACGACGAAUCGGCCAAAGUCUCCGAUGCAUGGACGCGAGUCCAAGCAAAUGGACGAAACGAGGUCGACAAUACGCCAAAAAGAAUCGCCUUCUGAUAAAAAGACACAGAAACGAUACGGACGCAUCGAAACUAAAGAAGUUGCAUCAGAUAGUCAUCGUGGAGAGCUCGUCCCUACGAUGAGUGAUGACAAUGCUGAUGAAUCUCCUAAUGUACAAGACUUGAAAUCGUUUAGUGAUGUAGAUGUUAAUGUUCCCCAAAAUACAUAUAAGCGAAAAGACAACGAAAACAAAAAGGAUAAGUCGCAUGUGAAACAAAUUACUGUUGUUAAAACAAUUACAGAAUGUGUCGUCGAUGAUUUCAAACCCAAACAGAAAAUUAUCGAAGAGACUAAAGUUAAAACUGUCACGAAACAGAAAAAUGUUGAUAAUGAGGAAGUGCCGAAGAAGAAAAAAGCUCACAAAAAAUCUGAUACUGUGAUUGAGAUGACUGAUGAAUAUGACGUGCCAACGAAACCAAAGAAAACGAAGUCAACACCGAAGGCUAGUCUUGAAGCAUCACUUUCUAGUGAUAAUGCAGAAAAUGAGACUGUUAGUCAAGAAAAGAAAAAAUCGAAGAAACUAAAGAAAACUAAACCGAAAGUUGCUGAACAGCAAUCAGAAUUGUCAAGUGCAGAGAAAACCGAAGAUGUUUAUGUCACUCCAUUGACAUCUGAAAAACCGCAGAUUUGUAACACAGCAGAAGAGGAAAUUAAAACCAAAACAAAGAAGAAGUCGAAGAAAGAAAAGAAGCCGGAUGUGGAACCUACGGAAAUAGUCGAAGAUAUCACAAGUAAAUCUAAAAAGAAGACAAAGAAAUCUAAAUUAAAAGAUGUUGAUAAUGUAACACUGGAAGAUACUUUUGAUAAAACAGAAAAACUUCUAUUUUCUGAAACUGUAACAGAAGAAGCUACAGAAUGUCUUUCAGAAAAAUUAAUUACAAGUGAAAAGGUAGAAAUUCAAGAGCCCAUUUCUAAACCGAAAAGAAAAUCUAAGAAAUCAAAAGCUCAAGAAGCUCCUGUGGAUGAGGCUGAGAAAAAUGUUAACGAGGUAUUUAUUAAUGCUGAAAAAUCUACUGAAGUGUUGGUUGAGCCCAAAGUUGAACAAGGAGAAACAAUUGUUAAGAAUAAAAAGAAAGUUAAAAAGUCUAAAUUAAAAGAUAAUGAAAAAGAGGAAGCUUCUUUGCUUCCUAACCUACCAGUUCAACAACCAGUUCAAGACACUGCGGAAACAUUUGUUGAAAAAUUUGAUGAACCAAUCACAAUCAAAUCCGAUGAAGCGAGCAAAAUCGUGUUCAUUGAAGAAUCAAAUGUUAAGAAAACUGAAGAAACAAAUAUUAUUGGAACAACAGAGAUCGCAGAGAUUCCUCAAGUUGAAACAGUUUCCAAAAAAAGUAAAAAGAAAUCUAAAAAACCCAAAGAGGAAGCAAUACCAACGACUCAGUGUUCAGAAAUACUGCCUGAAGAGAAAAUUGAUAAAUUAGUUGAUGUUAUCGAUGUACCUAGACUUGAAGAAAUUGUGGAAGUGAAAAUGGCUAAGCCGUCCCCUGAAAAUGUCGUUGAAACAUUUAUUACUAAUGAAAGAACAGUUUUAGCUGAAACACGAACCCAAAAAGAUCUUGAAAUUAUAAAAACUGAGGAAACUGCUAUCAAAAACAAGGAGAAAAAAUCUAAGAAGAAAAAGGGGAAAAAGGAAGAAACAGACGACUCUAAUGACGUGAAAAAAUCAAAGAUAACGGCCACUAUAACCACUGUUACAAGUAUGACUAAAACACCUCUUGUUACUGAAACUAUUAGUUUAUCAAAACCGGCUGUUUCUCCGAGGGAAGUUACGAGUACGGCAACUGAAGAGAACAAAGAAAACAUUGAAACGACUGAAGAAAUAAGAGAAGAAAGUUCUAAGCUGAAUCAGUCAAACACUAAAGCUUCUUCAACUCAAAAAAUUGUGCUAAUAACACAUGAAGAAGUGCGCAUGAAACCAGUAGUUUCUUUGAAAAUGGAAUUUACGGAAACUCCAAUUCACACAACUCAUUUUAUUGAACAAAGGGUGACUGAAACUUCGGAAACUGAUGAAGAAAAAUUGAAAGUUAAAGAGAUUCAAAGUAGCACAACCGAUGACCAGAAACUUGGUCAAAAUUUUGCGGGAAUUGUAUCUGAAGAGCAAAUAAAAUCCGAUUCUGCAAUUGAUUUACUGUCUGAAAGUUGUGCUACUGAAACAGAAUUUUCAGAAGCACUAGAUGUUUCAGAAAUUAAAGACGUUAAAGUUCAAACACCUGAUGGUGUUACACCUUUGGACGAAGAUACUGUUACUUCUGAUGCAUCUUUGACUGUUGUAACAAAUGCAACUGAAACACUAACUACGGAAAAAGUUUUAACUGAAGCUGCUCCUAUUGAAGCAACUACUUUAGCAACUGAAAUACUACCAGUUGAAAUAACAUCGACUGAAAUGCCAAAAAAAGAGGAUUUCUCAGUAGAAAUGGAACAAGUCAUUUUUGGUUCUGUCCAAGAACGACCCAGUCAAAAAGCCGCUAGAAAGAAGAAAGAAAAGAGCAAGUCUGAACUUCACUCACUUGCAACUGAAGAAUUGGAAGCUUCCAAACAUUUUGAAGAUAAAAUGAAGAAAAAGAAGAAGAGGCAAGGAAUACCUUUGGAAUUUUUAUUAGAAUCUCAGCAAACUUCUGAAGUUGGGGACGAUAUCAAGUUAACUUCUGACGUCCAAACGUCACUGACACGACUUGAGUCUGUCGAUUUUGAAGUUAGUAAUAUCGAAGACGUCAUGAAUGUUUUGUCGGGCAAAGGAGAUGUGAAAAUUCCAAGUGAGGUACAACGUGAUAAUUGUGAAAAGGAAACUUUGCCCAUUGAUAAAUCAGAGAAAAAACUUAGCACUAGUAUGGAAGAAAAACCGGUUUAUAAAGGUUUGCCCUUGGAUGAAAGUACGAAUAUCAUCGACAUAUUAGACGAACCAAUUGUUCUUUCAGAUAGUGAAACAGAGGACGUUAAAGAGAAACAUAAGAAAAAAAAGAAGAAAUCUAAAUCUGCAAAAGUUGAAGAACCACAUAUUUUGGAAACUAAAAAUGUUGUGACUGAAGGAAAAACUAGUAUUGACAAUGUUGAGGAUAAAUCAUCGACGUCUUGGGCAAGUGUUGUAGGCAUGAAAACAGUGGAAACAAAAAUUCAAGAUAAACCUAGUGAAAAAGUUGCUGUUACUGCAAAAAAUGAGCCCGUUGUCAAAGAAAUUAUUGAUAGUAAUGCCGACUCUGAGAAGAAAUCUAAAAAGAAAAGACAUAAGAAGAAGCAAGUUGAAAGCAAGGAACCAUUCGCGGAAUCUCCUGAAGACUUUCAGUUUCUUGCAGAGGAUAAACCUGAAGAACAGAAAGUAGAGGAGGCUCAAGUAGAGCCAGAGCUAGAGAAAGUUCCUAGUGAAGAUGUGCCAAAAUCAAAAAAGAAGAAGAAUAAAAAACAUAAGCAAAAACAAGAUGAUGUUGAUAAGGGUCCAACUGAAGAGAUUGUUUCAGAACGAAAAGAUGAGAAGAAUAAUAUUGAACCACCUGAACCUGUUGAAAUUGAAAGUGUUGUGCAUACAACAGAAGAGAAAAAUAUAGAGGAGUCUCAUCCUAUUGUUGAAGAGCCUUCUCAACUUAAGAAAGAUAAAAAGAAGAAACGCAAGGAGAAGGUUUCGAUAAAAGAACCAGAAGUGGCUGAAGAUGACAAACCUAAACGGAAGGUCAGCAAAAAAGAGAAAUCUGUGUCAUUUGAGGAAACACCGCAAAUUAUCAGUUUCCAAGAAGAAAUACCAGUUGAUGAAACUUUGGAUGCAGCUUCUGAAAUUGCUAAGUUGGAUAAUAGCUCCGAAAUUGUUGCGACUGAAGAAUUUAUUUUUGUACCAAUUGCUACAGCUGGCAAACUUGUUGAUAUUACAUCAUCAGAUAAAUUAAUUGAGGAGGAAAAGAAAGCAGGAGAACUAUUAGUAAAUGUUGAAGAACCGAAGGAAGUUAAAAAGGAGUACAAGGGCCUACCAGUUGAUAAAACAACAGAUCUUUGGCUAGAUAUGUUAGAUGAUACUACAAUUACGUUAGAUGAUGAGGAGGAAAAGAAAUUUAUCGGAGAAUCGGUGGAAAUAACUGAAGGAGUUAAGAUUAUCGAAGAACCAACCAAAUCAUCAGACAAUUCGGAAGAAAAACCACUGCCAACGACGGAAAAGUCAACGAAAAUUUCGGAAAAACCAGCAAAAGAAUCAGAUAAGCCUGCUUAUAAAGGAUUACCGUUAGAUAAAAGCAGCGAACUUUGGAUCGAUAUUCUUGAUGAACCUAUGGUGCUUUCCGAUGAAGAGGAAAAAUCUCCGAUAGAGGUGCUAACUAAACAGUCCGACGAAAAAGAUAAGUCAAGCCAUCAAGAAACAUUACAUUUUAUCCAACAAGAAAAAUCGGCUGUCACUAUUGAAACAGAGCAAAAACCUGAAGAAAAAGUAGCAUAUAAAGGUUUGCCAAUUGACGCUACUACAGACCUAUGGAUCGACGUUUUGGAUGAACCAAUGCAGUUUUCAGAUGAAGAACCAGAAAAUAUUGAAGAAAAGUCAGUUGAACCUCAUGAUUUCAUUGUGGAAUUUAUAGAAAAUGAGAAAUCUGAUGAAACUGCAUUGGCUAAAACUAUUGAGGAAACAAAGGACAGUAAUGAUAUUAAACUGCCAGAAGUACCAUCCGAUGAAAUACAAGUGCGAAAACCUGCAGCUAUCAAACUAUUAUCAGAUUUGCCACUUGAUAAAGCUUCCGAAAUAAUUCACAAAUUAGAAGAUGAAUUAUGUGAAACUGAACGAACUGUAAAAGAAAUAUCUCCAAUUUCGGAACCAGAUUUAAUCAAAUAUGAUUUUACUGAUGGGCAAUCUUCUACAAUUAAGGAACUUCCACAAAGUGAACAACCGGAAAAAAGCUUUUUGUGUGCGUUGAUGGACGAGACUUUUGCUCGAUAUGACAUUUGGGGUAUGAUGAGAGCAGAAACUGAAUACCAUAUAAAUGCUCAAAAAGCCAAGCCCGUAGUAGAAGAAGUCAAAGAUGAAAAAAAUGAAGAAGUGAACGAAGAAGAGCUCAGCUUAGAUAACGUUGAAGAAGUGAAGGAAGAAAGUACAAAAUCUCUUGAGUAUUUCUACAGUGAGUUUCAUAAUUAUAACAUACUGAACUUAUUAAACGCGGAAAUUGCAUGGUACCAAGAAAAAGCACAGGUGGUGGACAAAACAGUAGAGGACCCUGUUGUAGAGAAACAAGACGAUAUUGUGUCGAAUGAGAUACCUCUUUUAGUGGAACCAACAGAAAUUAAAAGUGAACAAGUUACAGAUCUUGACGAACCUGUGACAGAUCUUGAUGAUCCAGCACUUGAUUUGCCAAAAGUUUCUGAUGAAAAAGUUGCAAAAGACGUGAUAACUACAGACUUAGAUGAGCCUUAUGAGGCACAAAAAUUGAUAACAAUAGCUCACAAAGAAAUUAAACCAGAAGAAGUUCCUGUAGUUUCCGAGGAACCACAAAUAGGUUUAGUAGAGGUGAAAUCAAAAGAUGAAAAUAAGAGUGAGCCCCAAGUUAAAUAUAAAGAAAAGAAGGAAGAAAAACCGGAAGCACCAAAAACUGAGGAGAUAGUAACAGUUUCAGCAAAACAGAUUGAACCCCCUUAUCAAAUUCCGGAUGAAAUACCGGAAGUUUCUCUUUUAUCACUAGCCGAAGCUGAAGAAUUAAUAAUACCGACUAGAGAAAGCAUGAGACCUUCACAAUUUGAAGCUAUCUUAGCGAAAGCAACAGAAUUUGUUCCAAAACUUGAACAGUCUCGUCUUAACCCAAAUGCUGCUGAAUUUAUACCUGGAGGUGAACAAAGAACACAUUAUGUCGAUGUAACAUCAGAGUGUAAAGAGCAAGAUUCUAAGUUCGACGAGAGUUCGACACAAAUCUGGCGUUACGGUGAAAGAAUCUACAAUGAUAUCGUCGACAGUCAACAUGAUUCAGGAUUUUCAACUUCUGAACCACAGAGUAGUGUUUGGGCUGAAGAGGUUGCUCCUUCGCAAAAUAUUGAAAAUCUUUUACCUAAAGAACUUGUCAGUGAAGUGAAUGAACUUGAUGAAGCUACAAAAUCGAAGAAAACGCCAAGGAAACGUAAAGGAAAAUCACCAAAACCUCCAGUAAAAGAAGAACAACCAUCGGUAGAAGAAGAAUCAACGGUUACUACACCAGUCAACGUUUGGGAUAAUUUGAUGAAAGGUGAUAAAACAUACGCAGAAGUAGUUGCCACUAAAAUGACCUCGUCAGAAUCUGAGGACAAUGAUACUGGCAAAGAACCAUUGCAAAUUAAAGAAUUGUCACCAAGACCACCAGUUGAGAUUAGAGUUAUUGAACCAAAAGUAACUAAAGUUGACUACGAGACAGAUGAAGAUGGUUUUAAGGAGUUUGUAUCUAAAAGAUCGAGGUCGCGUUCUCGUUCGAAACAAAGAGAAGUUGAGGAGCAACCUAAGGAUAUCGCUCAAGAAGAAAGCUCAGAAGAGAAGAAAUCUAGACGAAAAUCUAGAAGACGUCAUAGAUCACCAAAGGAGGAGCUUCUAGAAACGGAAAUAGUGGAAACAGUUUCAGUAAGUGAAACACCGGAGGAAGGUACGGCCGAUGAAGAAAAACCAGUUGAUGUAAGUAAGAAAGCUAAAAAGAAGAAGAAAAAGUCAAAACCUGCUCAGGAAGAGGUACAUGAAGAAAAGGAACCGGAAAUUAAAUCCGAUGAAAAAUCUGGGGAAUUCAUAAAUAGGGUAACUGAUACAGAAAUAGUUCAGGUUGAGAAAGAACCGGAAAUAAAACUUACUGCGCAGUCUGAUGAAGUUAAAGAGGAGGAAGUAGUUGAAGUUGAAAAAGUUUCUGAUAUUUCUGAUGAAAGUCUACUCUUAAAAACAUAUGCUGAUGUUGUCACUGGACGUAGUCGAGAACCAUCUCCGUGUGUUCUUACAAGAGAAAGAUUGCAAGAAAAAUCUGAAGCAAUGAAUUUAAUCGAACAAUCUAAAUCUGAAGAAAAGGGUCAAUCUAUGGAAACACUUGUAAAGCCUGAAGAAGAAACAACUAAAAAAUCGAAGAGAAAAUCAAGGAAGAGGGAGAAGUCGCCUAAAAUGACCGAAUCUUCUGAAAGUUUCGUAACUGUUUCAUCGGACCCUAAUGAAGUCAGUAUUCCUGCCGAAGGUCAACAAAAAACCUACGCUACUAUUGCUGCUUUACCACGAAGCCGAGAACCUUCCCCAAUUUCUGUAGCAUCCGAAACACCGAAGCAGAAGCCUUUAGAAAUUCACAUCCAAGUGGUUGGAGAACCUGAACAUAUACCAGAACCACCUGUUGUUGACGAUGAAGGAUUUAUGAUGUUGUCGACAAAAAAAGAACGCCGGUCGAGAUCGAAAUCGCGUUCAAGAUCCCACCAAGAGGGACCAAAAAUUGACAGUCAUGAUUUCCUCGAAAAUGAACGACAACAUGAAGCUAAGAUGAAGAGUUGGGCUUCAAUUGUCAGUAACAAUAAAGUAGAAAUUGAAGAAGUUGAACCUUCGGUUGAAUAUGGCAAACUAGACGAUGUCAAAAUUGAAACUAAACCGUCAAAAACUAAGAAAAAGAAGGAUGAAAAACCUGGACGUUUAGGAGGUUUGAUCUCAUCAGUAAAAAGUGUGUUUUCCGCAACAAAAAAUAAACUUGAAGAACAGCCGGAAAAAACUGAAGAAAUUGGAGAACACAAAAAGAAGAAGAAGCACAAGAAAGGAAAAGGUAAAAGUGUUCCUGAGGAAAGCAAACCAGAAGAACAACCGGUGGUUGAACCUGAUAAAUUUACAAUUUUGGAUAAAGAAGAAUGUGUAAAGUUGGACAGUCCGAUAGAAGAAAGUGAUGUGAAAAGUUCUGCUGUUGAGGAUCUUGAAGAAGAAAAUUCGUUUGAAACAAUUGAAGUACAGGAAGUUAAGGAAAAAAUAGAAGUAGGAGAUAAGGGGAAAAUGGUGGACGUGGCUGAUGAAAAUCUUGAAAUAUCACCUAAAAUCGAGGAUAUUAAAAAGCUAAAUAUUAGCAAUUUUGAAAUUUCAAUUAAAUCUGAUGAUAUUAAACAACCAGAUAUCAGCACUGAUAAUAUUGUUGUUGUUGAAUCUGAACCUGAAUUUUUAGUUGUUAAGAAAGUUUCAGGUCCUGAAACUAUUUUAAUUUGUCCCAAAACUCAAGAAAAAGGUUUAGACGAAACGGUUUCUAAAGAUCUUAUUUCCGAACCUACUCAAGAUUUGGCAGAAAAAACGCCAGAAAUUGCGGAAAUCCUUUCUGAAAGGACUUCAGAGCCAUUAGAAAAACAAGUUAUCACAGAAUUUAUCCAACGCGAGCAAACUUUCAGUGUCGAAGAACUGAAACAGCCUGAAAUACCAGUUGAAAAACGCGGCAGUUUCCUUAAUACUUUAAUAUCAAAAAUGACCAGUCCCAAAUCUGAAGAAAAGAAAAAGAAGAAAGAGAAGAAAGAAGAGAUGGUUGGGUCUAAACCUGAACUUGACGAAAAAAGCAAGAAAAAACGAAAAGACAAGAAAAAAGAAAAAACUGAAUCCAAGGACAAUAUAUCUGUUGAUAUUAAAUCGCUUGAUAUUAAAAAUGAUAUUGAAGCAACAGACUCAACGUUUGAUAUUGCGGUGAAAGAAGUAGAAAGUGAUAAAAAAGAAAAACUCAUUGAACUUUCUCCCAGUGAAGAAAUAAAGAUGAUCCGCGACGAAGAAGCGAAGAGUAAGAAAAAGGAUAAGAAACCAAAACAACAAAAAUCGACCGAUUCUGAACACUCUCCAGACACCGACAAGCAAAGCAUGUUUGGUACAAUUUGCGUGAAAAUAUCGGAAGUAUUUUCACAUAAAAAAUCCGACGAUUUAAUUUUGACCCCCGAAGAAAUGCUAGCGAUAAAUUUGAAUCUUGAUGGUCCUUUCUGGCUAGACAAAACCUUCUACGAUGAAGCUGAAGAAAAUUACCAAUUAUCAUUAGCAAAGAAAGUCGUGCAAGCUGAAGAUAUUGUUAAAGAGAAUUACGACGAAUCACCAGAUAAAGACGGUGAUUCUGACAGUUCCAGCGGCCGAGGGUCACCGCGACCCUCGCAACAAAACGGCAUAAACGGCAAUAUUCCGACGAGUGAAUACAUGAUGUAUUUUUUACCGGGGGGUGUCGGUGGUUGGAAAGACCGUAGCACGUAUUUAGCGCCCGAAACCGCGAAAAUCAAAACGGCUGAUGACCAUUUGCGCGCCGCGAAACACUUGUCCGAAAGUAUCGCGGAAGAUGUAAUCGCGGAAUCCUCCCACAAUCCUUCUCUAGGGCCUCCAAUGCAGCCAUCGAUAACGCCAGAGGACAAUGCCCAGCCACCAGGAGGUGACAACCAACUCAAGAAGGACCUUACCGAGGAUGUUGCCAAAUUGCAAAAGUUGCUUCAGACCACCGAAAUCUCCAUCGAGUAUUUACCGCGAGAAGGGUUCGACCAGAUGAUACAGGCUUUAGAAGAAAUAACGAGCGAGUUGAAGAAACAUGCUGCCCAAGCUAUAAGUCUCGAAGGCCAAGUCCUCGAGUUAAAAUCCGACCACGAGACGCAAGCACUAGCCUUGCAUCUUGCAGGAAUCAGGACCAGAAUUGCAACGUUGUUAUCACAAGCGGAACGCGGCAGGAUUGCAGUGACGAAUGCGAGAGAGUCGCAUGCGAAGAAGCAGGAAGAGUUGGCCAAUUACCAAUUAUUAUUGACUGAAAUCGAACAGUGGUUGAGGAAUACGAAAACAGUUAUUGAAGGUGUUGCUGAAGCAGAUACUGAAAGUCAGAUUGAAACGUCAAUAGAGGAUCUAAAUCGGCUCAGUCAGGAAUUGGACGAAAAAGAGAAAAAAUUAGAAGAUCUGUCACGUGUUUGUGAGGAAUUUAAAAAGUAUCCCGAUUUGAAACAGUUGGCUGAGACUUUAGUCGAACAGUUGAGGACGUUGACGCUUGUCUUUGCCGACCAAAGAAUCGUCAUUCGGACCAAAAUAGAAACAUUACGUAUUCACCUGGUCGGAUUAAAAGAAACGCCUGAUUUAUCACUUGAGAAUACUCUUGAUUCGACGUCUAUGCCAGUUGAGGAAAGUCCAGUGGUUGGGGUGCAUAUAGAGACACAAACAGGGCGAAGUCUUGCAUCACCACAACAACGUGAUUUUACGGUUACGUAUAACGAACCAGUGGACGUGCAAAUUCAGACACAAUUAUCCGAAAGUCGGUCAGAAACUGAGCCUAAUCCAGUCAAGGAAACUAUAACUAUUUCUAAAACAUUUGCCGAUGGUGAAGAGACUAUACAAAUAGCGACUAAACCAAUGGCGGAGUCACAACCGAUAGUUGAAGAGCCUGACGAUCUCCUCGUUGAGGCCAACUACCGGAAACAGACCCUAAAUGAGGGGAAAUCAACCGAGUUGAGUAUCACUAACGCCAAACCAAAUCAACCGUUCGAAACCGUUUUUGUCGAACCUGAUGAGACUACAACUGAAGUCAUCGUAGAUGCCGACGGCACAAAACGAAUCAUUGUCAAAAAGUUACACAGAACGGUUGUGAGACACCAACAAACCGUUCAACAGAAACAAUUGACAAGUACUAGUACUCUCACGGAGAACAACCAACCUGUCAGUCAGUCGUUCUCUCAAGUUAUGCUGAAAGAACAACAAAGUAGUACCACUUUGGCUCGUGGUGAUGGCAGCCGACAAACUGUCACUAGUAAACAAUACGGCGGAAAGAUAAUUUCGGGCGUUCCUGGUGGUGAUGUUGACGUCCAAGAGUUUGAAACCGAACCGGAGACUGAAUAUCACGUAGUCGAAGCCGACAAACCGUCAGAAGUUGAAAUUGAAGGAAUCAAACUACAUGAGGGUGACGUGACUUUCGUGGAUCAAGAAAAUAAGUUGGUACCACCGUUUGGUGAAAUACACACGUCGAGUUCGAGUGUCCGUGCUGUCGUUCAGCAAGUUACUCGACGAGUGAUACGAAAGACUCGUCGAAUAAUUCGAAGGAUUGUCAUUGUUGAUGGUAAAGAACAAGUGAUUGAGGAAGUAGUAGAAGAGCCGGAAGAAGUGGAAGUGACUGAAGAAGGUAUUCCGAGGGUUAGUAUCAAUGUGACCCGAACUGAAGAUGGAAAAGUCGUGCAAGAAGAACAGUUUGGUGAACCGAUUGUCAUUGUCGAAGAACCGGGAAGUGAUGUUACUCAGACUGUCACUGUUGCGGAAUUUGAAGGGAAACCGGAAGCCGUGACUGACGUGACACAAGAAGCUGAGAGGUAUGUCGUAGAACAAACUGCACGCCUGACGCCUGAGACAAGUGCUAGUAAAGAUUUCCUAGAGAACGAAAGACUUGCACUUAGUAGUAAUGUUGAAGCAGCACCUAGAGUUGACGAUGCACCUGGAGACAAGUCUAGUCCGAUUGAUGCUGUUGUUGUUGAAACAGUAACCGAGAAGAUGGCGGAGGAAGUCCCGACGCCUGAAAAAUUAGAAAUUCUUCCACCUCAGACUGCGAUUGUUGACGUUCUUAAGGAAACUGUCUUUGAAAAACCUUUGACGAAACCAGACGAAAUGCCACCGGAAGUGACCCAGACUCUUAUCCAAACUUCCUCGACGCCUGUAGUUAGUGUUAAGGAAGUUGAAAAAGUGUCAGAUCAACCUGAAAUUGGGGAAUCUUCAACUAGAAUAGAAGUGGUCGAAAAAACUAUCAUACAACCUGAAAAAAUGGACGAGAAAACGGUUCAAGAAAAAAUUGAUUUGAAUCCAAAACCAGUUCAAAUUAAUGGAGAUGUUAAACAAAAAGACAUUAAUACCAUCACUCAAGAUUUCAUCAUGUCAGAACAGUUACACGAACCGGAAAUUAUAGAAGACUCAUCUGAUUCAUCCAAAUCUAAAAAGAAGAAGAAGAAAUUCCCGAAAUCGAAGAAAGUAUCGGGUACACCACGUGUCCAAAGUCCACUCGUCCCAACUGACGAACCCGACAGUAAGGAGUCCCAAAAUGUUGAAAUUGCUUUGUCGUUGAAAGAAGAAACUCCGAUUGUGUCCUGUGAAGAAACGUCAGUUCAGCUAAUAGAGAAACCUCAAGAAGUUGAAAUCGCUUUGUCAUUGGAAGAAAAACAACCUGAUUCAUCGAUUGUUUCCCCUCAAGUAUCUAUGAUUAUGACAGUUGAAGAAAGUAAAAUUAAGGCAAGUCCUGCUGAACUUAUUCAGAAGGAUAUUCAUGUGACUCUUCCUGCGGUGUCCCACACGGCCACAGCUGCGAUAAAAUCCGUCGCUUUGUCUCCAAUGGCGCCCCAAAAUGAGAAAGAAAUCGUCGAACCUGCGAUUACACCUAAACACGAGAGUGAUCACGUCGAGUCGCCUACACCUAGCGAUAUAGAUCACGGUGGAAGGCGAAGUAAAAAGAAAAAGAAACAUAAAGAUGAAACUCCGAGUGAAGAAAUUGAAGAAAAAGAAAUUUCGAUUGCGACUUCUGUCGCUGAAUCGACUGAAAUCCUCGUCCCUGAUGAUUCUUUACCCUCUGAAGAAACUCCGAAACCGACUGAGGAAGUUUUCGAAGCUGUGAUUACCGAAUCUGAUGAAGGUGAUGGUAAAGAUACGGGAUAUGAAGCUGACAAGACGACCGUUGAUGAGAGUUUGGCCGAUGAUGAUAAUCACGAGUUGAAAAAGAAAAAGAAGAAAAAGAGGAAGCAGAAGAUUAAAGUUAAAGAGUCGGAAGAAUCCACUAUACCAAAAUCGGUUGAUGAGUCGUCACCGUUUGGUGAAUCUGUACAAUUUACUGACGAUGAACCGGUCAAAGCUGAAAUCAGAACUGAAGAACCGAAAAAAUCCAAGAAAAAGAAGAAAGGAAAACGUGGCGAGGCUAAAGUUUCUGAAAGCGAGCCUGAAAUCGAGUCCGAAGCUAUACUUUCCGAACAACCAAAAAUUCUCGAAGCACAAAACGAAGAAAUCGCUUCACCUAACGAUUCCUAUCACACUUUAUCAACCCAGUCUGAUUUGGGCACUGUGAAAAUAAUUGAAGAAAGUGUCUUGAGACCUACCAGUGAGUCUCCACAAGAAAUAACCGAAAAGAUUGUCACAACAGUCCCAGUUUUGGAAGCUGUUUUAACACAAGAAUCCUUAGCCCAAACAUCACCCGAACCAGAUACUAAACAAGCCGUUCAAGAAUUUAUCGAAAGAGAACAAAUUUCGGUACAAACAUCACCCGAAGUACCAAAAGAAACCGGCGUUAUCUCAAUACAAACAUCCCCAGAACCGAUACCUGAAGUUGUGAAACCUGAAAUUCAAGAAACUUCCAGUCAAGUCGAAGUUAUAACGUCUGAAACAGUAACUCAGACCGAAACUCCCGAAAAAGUCGAAGUCAUAACUUCCGAAACUUCGAUUCAGACUGCCACACCCGAAAAAAUCGAAGAAGAAGCUCAAACAACGUCACUUGAACCUGCUGAAAUACCUCGAAGCGAGUCUGCGAUGCAAACACAUGUGAUUGAUAGUCAUGAAGAGUCUGCACAAACAUCUGUAGUUGACGUUAUCGAGAGUGGUGUUCAAGCGCAAGCCACUCCUGCAGAUCACUCAAUUCAGACAUCGCCUGAGCCGUCAGCGCCGCCAUUUGAAGAAGUUUUUGCUCAAGAUUUGGCUAAAGAGACAUCAGAGAUUGUUACGCAGACUAGUCCGGUUAUUAUACAAGAUAUAAACGAAUUAACUCCUCCUAGUAGCAUAUCAGAACAAUACGAAGUCCACGUCGAAGCUUCGGUGACGAUGCCAUCAGAAAGCACUGAGAGUGUGAGCGAAAAACCAGAAAUCGAACCCAGCAAAGGGUCAAGUGAGUCGGCUUCCGAUGUAGAUGUGGAAGUCUUUGUCGACGGUGAACCUGUUCGUAAACCUCCACGAAAACGACGUCAUAAGAAAAAAGCUAAAGAUGCAACUCCAGGAAUCGAGAAAGACCUUUUCGCAUCGUUCAAACGACAAGAAGGUGAGGGAACGUUAGAUCCUAAAGAGUUAUACUCGGAAGUUGCUAAAAAACACUCAAGAUCGAGCUCGCCGGUGCAACAAGAAGAAGAAACUGACUCAGCUGUGGUUGUCGGUAAAGUAAUAACUGAUUUGGAUGAGGACAAAGUAAAAAAAUUGAAAAACAAGCCGAAAGAUGACGAACAAAAAACGUUCAAAAUCUCGGUUGAAGUUAAUCCUGAUGAUUUCGAAGUUGUGUCUGAAGAUGUCGUGACGAAACGUCCCGGUGAUGAAGAAUUUGAAGUUACGUCCACUGUGGCGUUUACAAGUGUUGAUGAUUUUAUCGCCAAAGAAAAAGCAGCUGCUGAAGCUUAUCAAAAAACACCUCCAAGUCCAGAUAAAGGCAAAAAGAAGAAAAAGAAGAAAGGAAAAUUGGAAGAAGAGCCUAAACCUACUCAAGUCGAAGAGACUAAACCCAGUGAUGAAACAAAAGAAGAUAAAAAUAAAUUCACUGAAGUAAUCCCACCUACUUCUGUGACUCCUCCAACACCAUCAUCCGAAACAUUUGUCGAACCUACCCAUACUUCCCCAACACAAAUAAAAGAAGUUGAAUCGCUCCAAACAACUCCUUCUCCUCCAAUAAUCGAAUCGAAACAAUUAUCCCCGGAAACAAAAGACCGCAAGUCCAAGUCACCCUCCCCCAAAACGAAACGCAAACCCAAACACGUAUCUUCCGUUACAAUUGAAGAAGUUGAGUCUGCAAUUCCUCCACCAGACUUACCCAUCUCACCCCCAGCAGAUUAUCCCCUUUCACCUGAUUACACUCCCCCGAAACCUGUAUGGCAAAAACGCCAACAAGCUUCGACUUCACUUAUCGAAAGCGAAAGACAACGUAGUCCUGUCACGGCUCAAGACCUAGACAUCAGGUGGUCUCAUACUCAAGCAUUGGAACGUGUCAAGAAUUUGCAAAACGCCCGGAAGACGACACAUUUAAGUGUUGUUCUGUAUUUGGCGACUCUUCAUGAAGUAGUAACCGAGGAAUCGAUUGAACAAAGGAAUUCGAACGUUCAGGAGAAUUUGAAGGCUCUCAAAGAAGCGGUUGAGAAGAGAGAUGUUGAAGAGAUUCAACAGACGAUUAUUACCACUGUUGAAACUAUAACCACAUGGUUAGAAACAAUCGAAUAUCGUAUUUAUGUUAACCGCCAACAAACCGCCGAUGGUCCUUCGAAAGAAAGAGUUCAGGAGUUCAAUGAUUUGAAGGAGGAGAUUGUUAAUAUUGAAAGCAAAGUCGAGGAGUUACAAUCAGUAAUGCGUCAAGCUGAUGAUAUUUAUAAUGAAGAUGACCGAAAUCGUAUGAAGAGUUACAUCGAUUCGCUCCAACAGCAGGUAAAAGUGAUUGAAGAAGUAACCAGUGAAAAUGAACAAUUAGCAGCCGGUGAUUUGAAGAGGUGGGAAGAAUUUAUUAUUGGUGUUAAGGAAUUGACGGAAUUGAUUGGUAAUGUCAGGAAAGAAGUUGACAGUAUGAAAGAAUCAGAUGCGGCGCCUCAAACUAAACUAAACGAACUUGACAAGAUCGAACACGCCAACAGAAGCAACAUGUUGAAAGCAGUCCAAUUAAUAGCAACAGCCAAAGGUCUAAUGCGCGAUUUCCCUACUCGUGAAAUUCCGAAAGAAGUUUACAGCAAUCAUGAAAGUACGAAAAUGAUCGAGCAACAAAUAGUGGUCGAGCGAGAGAAAGCCCUUCAAUUCUUGUCACUUGCUGAUGAGUACGAACAGACUUUGAAAGAAUUCGGACAAAUAAUUGACGUGGCAGAAGCUCUGGUCGAAAGUGCGAUUAAUGUGAGUAAUUUGGAACAUCUGGAAGAUGCUAUGCAGAACCACCGGAAAUUCUUUGUCAAUUUGAGUCACUGUCGGGCGAUUUUGGAAUCCUUAGAGGAGAAUCUCGAUUCCGAGACAAGGAUGCAUCAUUCUGAGCUUCAUAGGAAUUUGUAUGACCGUGCCAAAGUCAUUCUGGACCAAGCAACGGGGCGUUUCCAGCAAAUGUCGCUGGCUGCGUCCCGAUGGACAGUCUUGGAGCAAGGGAUGAGGGAAGAAAUGAGGUGGUUGCAAGUGGCCCAACAAAGAGUUCCAGAUUUGACCGAUGUCACAUCUUCGGAUUAUGACAGAUAUAUCGACUUGUAUCAGGCUCUGUCUUUGGAUAUAGCGCACCACCAAGCUAGAAUAGUCCAUUUGAAUGGUGUUGCUCAGAAAUUACAAGAACUAGUCGUUUGUUCGGGUCUAGAAGAGGCUUAUAUUGAAUCAUUGGAAAUCAUUUUGAAGUUACAAGAUGACGUUCAAGGGAAUUUGAAACGGUUACUAGCGUUCCGCGACAUGUGGACCAGUUACAACAUGUUGAGUGACAAAGUCGACUAUUGGUUGAGAGACGCCGAACAGCAACUCCAAGAGUUGGAAUUACCGACAGGUCCUCGAGGACAUAUGAGACAAUUUUGGGAGUUGAAAGCCCAACACGAAGUGUAUAAUUGCACCCGACAGGAAGCUACGAAUAACCUGGAAAAGGCGUUAGAAGUCGUACCGAUUUCUGAUGAGAUGAUCCAGAGGAAGUUCCAUACGGAAAUGCAAGAUCAGUGGAAUAGAAUGUCAAAACGUAUAAAUGAGUUACAAGACCAAAUUAUUGGAAGUAUUUCAGCACCCGAUGUUCCCAUUAACGAAAAAUUGCUACUCUUGGAGCAAGAACUAAACGACUUGAAGACUGACGUUGACAAUCUUCGGGGUAUCAUCAAAACAGAAGAAGAACUCAAUUUGUACAUCGAGAGGCUUCAAGUAAUGUCAACGCGACUAGAAACAAUCCAGAAUGAGUUGGGCCGACUCGGUUUGUUAUCAGCAACUGAAUCUGAUAAAGUCGGUUCGCUUCUUGGCCUAUCCAAACGUUUAGAAUUGUUGAUUUCCGAAGAACUGGAAGGUGGGGUUUUGCUUAAAGAACGCCUUCAAAACAUUCAAAAGGGCAUAGCAAGGGUCCGUCGCAAACACUCUUCUUUGAACGAAACACUGGACCAGUGCGAAAAAAGCGAAAAACUUGGAAGCGAGGCGGUGGAGAAGGCCGUCAAUGAAUGCUACGAAGUAGGUGAGGAGCUCGUUACGCUAUGGCAAGACUUGAUGGGUCUCCGCCAACUCCUUCAUACUCUCCCAAUGCGUCUCCGGGUGACCGUUUCUCCUGUCAAGAUCGAAAGGGACAUUUCACAGCUACAAGACGACCACACCGUUCUCGAGAAGCGUUGUGGCCAACUUUUGGCGCUGUUGAGGAAUCGCUUGGCUCUGUGGCAGCGGUUCGAGCACCAGCUCGAGUUGGUGCAGCAGAGCGUCCAAGAGGCCGAUUUCAUGAUGGAACUACUGACGGUGCAGGGAACCGUCGAUUACGAGAGAUUGAGGAAAGCGACGGAGCGACUCGAGAGCGUCUCCGUGGACUUGGUGUCACGCGAGACCCUCGUAUCGGAGCUGAAAGCGGCCGCUAAGCCGCUUGCCGACAGCUGCACCCCGGAGGUCUCUGCUCGCGUGGAAGCCGCCGUCGAAGAGGCCGUCACCGCCUAUUCCACCACUUGCACAAACUUGAAAGACCUCUGCACCAAGUAUCAGCACGCAUCCGAGCUAUGGAAGCGGUACCGUGAGGCCAGCGAUCUGGUGAGUGAAUGGGUGGACAACCACAUGGAGUCGGUCGGAGAUUUGGAACCAGAAGAGGCCAUCAAAGCGGUUAAGGUCUGCGAGGAAACUUUAUCAGCACAUACGGAACGUCUCGCCGAACUUAAACAACUCGUUUCGGGGAUAGCGGCCGCUGUAGGAUUGGACGCUAGUGCUUUAUUGGGAGGCGAAGUCGAAGCUUUAGGUAAACGGUUGGAGGAUGUCAGGGAAUCACUCACAGCACUCGCGGACGUUGCUGAAGCUAGAGCUGUUACAAAAGAAGAAACCAAUAAUGAGAUUAAUGGUACUAGAACCUACCUAGACAGUGUACAAAGAUGCGUGGAUAGUAUUCAGCAAAGUCCCGAUACGGACAGUGAAGAGAAAUUGGUCACUUUGAGAGAACAUUUGUUAGCUUUGGGUAAAGCCGAAGGACAGAUUCAGAAAAUUAAAGAUAAGACGUUGGAAAUGACAGAAUCGACGAAAACUGAGACUUCGGUUAUUGAAAUUUUGGAGUUGUGGCAACAGGUGUUCAGAGAAACCUUCCAGCAGUACCACAGGUUGAGUACCAGAUUAAUCAAAAAUGAAGAUGGAGCUGCUGCUCUGAAAUUAUGGCAGGAAUAUUUAUUAAACGUUCAGCAGUUCCUCCAAGGGAGCAUUCCCGGUGAUUAUCAUAGUCUUUCCGAGCACCAACAUCUAUGUCAAGUCCAUCAAAAUCUCCUAACGACUCAACAGAACGUCCUUAGGCCUUUGGAUAAGGAAUCUCAGCUUGGUAGUGGUUUAGUUGAGAGUAGUGUGAUGGAACAGUUCAAUUCUUUAACCAAUUUGCACAACGAAACGCUUGCACGAAUCAUGGACCGGCAUAAAGAGGUCCAGACAAGGCUAAACGCUUGGGACGACUAUAAACAAGACCAAAACAAACUCUUAAGUUGGCUCAAAAACAUUGAAAAAGAUCGCGAGAAGAUGCAACUUAAGUAUAUACAUAUUAGGAGAAUCCCGAAGUUGCUAUCAAAAAUCGAAAACCUUCUCAGUAAGAUACCCGAAGGUGACAAACAAGCUGACAAUUUACAAAGACAACAAAACUUGUUACUUCAAUUCUGCGACGAUGCUCUUGCCACUUCCAUCCGCAUGGAACACGCCGCCAUCAAACAAAGAAUCUCAAACCUGCAAGCAGGCCUCGAAACCUGGCACCAAUUCCUCGAACGCAUCGCUCUCCUCCUCAAAACCUACGAAGAGAACGUCCAAAAAGUUCAAACUUUGUACGACGAAAUCCAGGAUAUCGUAACUGAGUCAGCGUCACAACUCCCAAGCUCUCACUCAGCCGUCAGUUAUAAAUUAGAAACGCUUCAAAGAGCCCGUCUCAGACUAAACAAUGCGACUAAAGACCUGGAACAGCUUGGAUUGGCUCAAGAACAACUCAAGGAGUGUCUCAGUCCUAGUGAUAUCAAGACUAUCAAUCAACGUAUGUGGAUUUUGUGGCACCAACAGGGCGAUCUUGACCACCAAUUGGCAGUUUUGUGUCACCAAUUUGAGGAGAAAUUGGGGUUGAGGUCGAUGUUUGAGGCACGUCAAGCCCGGUUUUUGGCUUGGGCUGACGAAAUCGAGCGUCGACUUGACGACGGUUCAGUUGUGUCGAUCAAAGAUCCCCAGGAGAUGCUUAGGAAGCUGGAAACAGAGCUCCAGGCUGAAAUGUCGCUUAAAGAACGUGAAUAUAAUUGGUUAGUAAGCACAGGCCGUGAUUUAGUUGCCAAUUGCAGCGAUGAAUACAGUGAUGUGACCGCAAAACAAAUCCUUCAAGCCAAAACUGACUACGUGCUUGAACGGUGGGAAAGACUAGAGAAUAUCGGUAAAAGUCGAAGGAACAAAAUCCACGAUAUGAUGCAAACAAUGUCACAACUAGAACAGAGAAUCGCGGAAAUACGGGCAUGGCUGACGCAGAUUGAGGCGCAAUUGGCAAAACCACUAGUGUUUGAAGCGUCCACCAAAGAUGUGAUUGAACGCAAGUUGCAAGAACACGACAAGUUGAAAAAAUCGAUUGAGAAUGAGAGCGGCAACAUCGGAGAGGUUUUGAAUUUAUGUGAGUUGUUAUUGAGCGAUGCGGACGUCUGGAAGGCCCAUUUCACCACCGAAAAUAUAACCGCAGCGAUACAAAAUUUGGAAAAGAGGUGGAAAGCGGUGUGUGGCCAAUCGGCCGAAAGAAAACGCAAAAUUAACUUUAUUUGGAAGUUGCUCCAGGAGGUAUUGAGGAUUAGUAAUGAACAAGAGAGUUGGUUGGGCGAAAAAGAACAAAAAAUAAAGGAUCUGGAUAAACCGGUCAAAAAACUGAAUCGGGAGGAAAUCCAAGAGUUGAUUUAUUUGGUCGAAAAUCAAGUGAAAGAAAUCGAAUCUAAAGUCCCCACGUUUGAGAUUCUUGAACAAACCUAUUCGAAAUUAGCUACUGUUGGUGGUGUAGAACCAGAGAAUAUUCAAGAAUUGACAUCGAAAGCACGUGUUGUUAUAAUACGUUGGAAGAAUCUUUUACCACGUGCUCAAAGCUUGUUACAGAGAUUGCAAAAUGAAAUUGUACUUUUUAAAGAUUUCUCUUUGGCUCAUCAAGAUGCCGUUAUUGGAUUGACGGAAGUUGAUGCCCGACUGACCGAAUUGGAACACUUGACUGGACAAAAAGUACCACCUAAUGAGCGUUUAGAGACUUUGGAAAGUCUGGAGAAUCAAAUGGUUGCCCACAAUUCGAUUCUAGAGUCGGCUGAUAAGCUAGGUCUUGAAAUAAUGAAGAAAGUCAAAAAAGGUGAGGUUGGCAAGUACCAAGAGAUGAUUGAUGAGUACCAAAACCUCUGGAAGGACAUUCAGAAGAGGAUUGGUAAUCUUAGAACUGAAUUGAAGACAGAAGUAAAGAAGCAAAGAAAAGAAAUUGACGAAGGUGUCCAAGUCGAGACACUUAAAUUCGAACAAGAUACAGCUGUCCAGGUUAACACACUUCCACCUUUGCAACGUAUGACAUCAAUCAGUGCAAAAGACGCCUAUUUGAUGGAGUUGACAAGUGCCAUCGGUGAAUGUAAGGGUAAUAUUGAGACUCUCGAAGAGGUACUCGCUAAGGAAAUUCCUCAGCAAGGUUCCGCUGAAUUACCAACAAGUGCAAAACGUAUCGCCCGAAUUUCGGCGACUUGUCAAUCAAACAUUGAACUGGUGAAACACCUCCACGACUUACUUAUCAAUGAAUGUGACGCAACAGAAGAAGAGGCACUAGCCGAAGAAGUAUUUUAUCUAAUCCGACGUUUCGAAACACUUCUAGUGACAGCCAAGGAGAAAGAACAGAAAAUCAAAGAGUUGAGGUCUACAAUUUCUGACGCUUAUAAUCUAUCAUGCAAUCAUGAAGCGGGCCGGUUGUUGUGUCCGUUGUGUACGAAACGGAAUUGGGCACAAUUGGAUAACGACUUGUGGAGGCUUGAAAAAUGGUUACAAGUGGCCGAAGGCACGCAGAAGACCCAACAUUCCCCUCCGUCCAACAUCGAGCAAUUGGAAGAUGUGAUUCAGGACCAUCGCGAGUUCCUCUUGGACUUGGACAGUCACAAGAGUAUCGUGAGGUCGUUGAAUAUCGUCGGUACACACCUCGCGGAUCAUACUGAAGACACCGAAAGAGCCAACCAAUUGCGGUCGCGGCUCAAUACCGAUAACAAGAGGUGGGAGUUGGUGUGCCAGAAUGCUGCUAGUUGGGAAACACUCCUCCAAAGAGCUUUGAUGGAGAAUCAACAAUUCCACACAAUUAUCACCGAGUUGUGUACAUGGUUGGAGAAGACGGAACAGAGGAUCCGUCUGUCGGAGCCCGUGGACUUGACUGCUGAACGCGAUGAGAUCGAGCGGAAGUACCAGACGUUCCGGGAGUUGCGGGCCGAGUUGGAACGGUGCGAGCCGCGAGUUAUGAGUCUGCAAGAAGCCGCCAAUCAGCUGCUGAGGCACGAAGGGGCCCCCGAGGGCUCAAGUCUGACCUGUACGAGACUGACGGAGUUGCGAUUGAAGUUGCAGAGUUUGAUUAGAUUGACGGGAGUUUAUAUUUUGAAGUUGGGCGCUGUUUUGGGCCGAGAUCCGAACGAAAUAUCUGUUGUCGCUUCAUCUAGUGUAAGCGCACCUCUACACACACUCAACUAUGACCUUCUGGACCAUCCGAGCCAGGACCAUCCAUCUACCUCUGCACUCGACGAUUCUGCUCACAAUGGUGGUUCUUCGGAUGAUUUGCAAAUUAACACUUCAGUGCUUCGAAGAGGUUGUCGUUUCUUAGGUAGAGUGGUGCGAGCUUCUUUACCGAUUCAAGCCUUAAUGCUGCUCAUGUUGGGAGCGGCGUCUCUAGUCCCUUAUUCAGAAGACGAUUAUUCAUGUUCGCUAGUCAACAGUAUUGCCAACAGUCUUACUCCAACGUUACGAUACAAUGAUGGACCGCCUCCUAUAUAAAUGUCAUAAUACUCCUGGUUUUGUUAACUCUUAGUCUCGUUAAAUUCAUUCCAAUUUAAGUAAUUUUAGUUUUGUACGAUUUGUUUUUUGUAAAUAAUACAUACAUGCGACUUAAGUAUAUUUACUACUGGCAGCCAGAAAUUACGACGGGUCAUCAAAUGGCCAAAUCUCUUAUGGAAAAUCAUAUAAAUGUAGUGUAGUUUUUAUAUUCAUUACGCAAGAGAAGAAUCACUUUAUCUGUAUAUUGGGGAAGACGCACAGGCGUUGAUAUAUUAUAUAUUUUAUAUCGUUGUUUUAUAAAUUUUAUGUGAUGGUUGUGUAAGAAAUUAAACAUUGGGUACCAAAGGAGUGGAACACUUUGGUUCUCAACACGUUUUAAUUUUUUUCUGUGAUGUUAUCUCGAUUCGCCAAAUUGUCAACAAAACGUGAACUCUACUCUCCAAGUUUACGUUUUUCAGCAAUUUGACUCUCCAAAAUUGCCCGUAAAAUAAAUUUCUCCCGAUUUAUUUUACACUUGACGAUAUCGAGAUGAGCAAAUUUCAUAAUGCCUUAAAGUUUUUUUAUUAUUAUUUUUAAUGUUGCUUUCAUGCGUUAUUUUGUUCUAUUGGUCAUGGUGCUAUCAACUUUAUUUUAACAUGUAGUUGAUCAAUCAAAAAUUCCAUUGCUUUGACUAUUGCUUCGGAUGUAAAAUGUGUUUAGGAAACGUCUAAACAAAAAUAGGAUUGUUUCUCCGCUAUUAUUUAAUAUUGAUUAGUAUUUUAUUUGGCAACUUACUAUAUUACGAAUAAACGCUGUUUUCAUUUAUAAAAAUAUAUCAUUUCAAAAAUA